AUGGCUGAACAAGAAUUCGCCCUCGAAACUCAAGAAUACGGGACAGGUACUUGUUUAAAAAGCUUUAAACCACUUCAGUUUUAUUGUACUAGUGUUUAUGAACACAUAAAGAUCAUAUUAUAGCUUUGGGCAUGGUUUGUUUACAUGCAACAAUGAAACCGAUAGCGGCAAAAUAUUUUAAACUUGCAGCCACGAAGAGAGGUGAACAAGAGAUCAGAAAUCUGCUUCGAGCAAGUCAUGCCUGUUUAUUAGGUAAGAUUCUGUAAUUCUAUUAAAUUCUCUCGACACUUUUACUGUAAAGCGAUGAAUGAGAAGGGUACGUGUUUGGUUUAUUGACAUAUGUUGAUAUCAAUAUACUUCCCUUAUUUUAAUUUUAGGAACACUUGACAAAAGUGGACGUCAAGUUAUAUUGGUUCCACAUUAUAAAGGAGAAUCGAGCGAGCUUUCGGCCGCUUUGAGUUUUAUUACACAGCUUUUUAGGUACAGUAGCAACUGCUUUUAUGUAUAUGAGUUUAUAAAUAAUAUAUACGUGGACAUGAAUAUGUAAUGGUUUCUUCUGUGCAGAAGUAAAGGGCUUUCUGGCAAGUAAUCUGUGGUAUAUAUAUAACCUAAACCUAUUCUAUAGUUCUUACGGGGUUUUUUAAGCCUCUUUGUUUCAUGGGAAAAUGAGCAAUUUGGCAGAAUAAAGCUUCUGGUAUAUUAUGAUAAAGGUAUUGAAUUUAUAAACAAUAGUUCUUUUUAAUUGUAGUUUAAUUAUGGCUAAUGAGGCUAAUGAUUUAAAAUUAGUUGGAUAUUUUUUGUGUGAUAUAAACAAUGCAAAAUUAAUGGUUAGUCAUUGCUGUGUCUAUAAUUAUCUUGAGCCUUCUUGAAAAGAAAAUCGACUUCAUCCUAUUGUGGGAUACUAAAACUUGUAAACAAACAAGCAGUACGUAAGAUGCAAGAACACAUCAAUUGGCUUGUUCGACCCACCUUGUAGCAAACUUGACCCAUAUUAUAUGUUCCAUAAUAUUCCCUGAGUAAUAACUGACAAUCUUGUGUAUGGGGGUAGAGAAGGUCGACCGUAUUUGUUCCAAGUUUUCACUUGUAGGAUUUUUUUUACAAUUAUAGUGAAGAUGUUCAAAAGAAAGGCUUCACCAUUAUUGUUGAUGCAAGAAGUGAAAAGUGGACUAAUUUCAAGUCUAUUUUACAAGUCAUUAAAGUAGGAUAGUUUAUUGUUGUUUUAAAAAUGCCUGAAUCAUCACCAUAUAAUAUCACCACUGUUGUUGCCAACAUCAUCAUCAUCACCAUGAUUAUCAUGACUGUAUCACCAUUAUCGUAUAAUAAUGACCAUUAAGUGACCAACAUCACAAUUAACCAACCAUCAUUGCCAGCAUUAUCUUCACCAUCCGAUCAUCAUUUUCAUUGCCGUCAUCAGCAAUAUCUCCAUAAUCAUCACCUGAUCACAACCACCAUCACCACCGGCACCCAUCUUUACCACCUACCAUCUUCACCACCAUUCCCAUCUUCACCACCAUUCCCACUCCCAAGCAACUACCACAAUUUAGCACCAAUGCAACAUCAUCACCAUUGCAACAUCAUCACCAUUGUUGCUACCGCUAUCACUUGGUAUCAUCACUAUACCAUGAUCAUAAUAAUUGUCACCACCAUUACCUUCAUGCUUUAGUAUAUUGUAUCCCUAAUAGUAACAAAUCAUACAAAGUCAACCAUCUUACAAAAGUCAACCAAAAUCUACAUUACCCACUCACUCACUCAUCAGUACUAUAUACAUUCUCCGAUCUUGUUGCCUUUUAUAGGAAACAUUGUCAUAUCAUGUUGCUGCCGUGUUAAUUCUGAGGCCUGAUGCAUUCUGGGAAAGAAGAAAGAGCGGUCGAUUCAGCAAGCAUGAUCUCACAGCCUAUCCAUUUGAUGUUAGUGUAUUAUGUGAAAUUAUUAUAGAUCUUAGAAAUAGAACUUUUCUGUGGUUAAAUAAUUAGGUUCGCUGUAGGUUGUCUUUUACUGAAAUGAUAUCUCAAGUGUGGGGGGUCCAGAAUAAGAGUAAGCUGCUUGUGGUUUGUGUCUAGAUUGUCAAAAAAUUUCAAGUACAGCAGUCCAAUGUGGGUAGUAUUUUACAAAGUAAAGCUGCUGCUAUAUGUGUCAGCUUAUUGAAGAAUGUUACCUACACUGGACCUCCACAUAAGAUAUAUCUUUUUCAGGUUAGUUCAGACACGAACCACAGCAGGUUAAAAUCUAGAAAACUGCAUACACUGAACAUGUUUAUAUUCAUUUGUAAACUGUGCCUGUUUUUAUUCUACAUCUUUACGUACAGACUAUACUGCUGUCAUCCCUGGCAAAACUUGAACAAUAUGUGGACAAGAGUCAACUCCCUGAAAACUUUGGAGGAACAUAUAACUUUAAUCCUCAGUCAUGGAUUGAUAGAAGGAUUGUAAGUUUAUUGUUUAAAACUGUCAUGGUCCAGGGGCAACCAUUCUAAGUUAUCAUUUUACAAUCUUCCUAAAAAUCACCAUCGAUCACCACCACCACUACUAUCACCAUCACCACUACCAUUAUCAUCACCACUACCAUUAUCAUCAUCACUACCAUUAUCACCACUACCAUUAUAAUCACCACUACUAUCACUAUUAUCAUCACCACUAGCUACCAUCAUCAUCACCACUACUAUCACCAUUAUCAUCACCACUACUAUCAACCACUACCAUCACCACCACUACUCUCAACCACUACCAUUAUCACCACCAUGCAUCACCAUUACCAUUACAACCACCAUCAUUCUGGUAUCUGACCUCACAGGAAAUGUUCAUUGUUGCAACUCUAUUAAAACUUGAUGUUAUCACUUUCCAAUCUAUCCAAUGUGUCCAUACGGUCUACCACUUGGUCGUUUUCCAUCUUCCUUUCCAUUGCCCAUCCAGUGAUAUGAUGCAGUUCUUCUCUUCCAACUUGCCCUAAUCAACCCUUGUUCCUCGAUCUUGAAUCCCCAGUUGACAAACCCAUCUUUUUGUAUAGCUUCAUCCUUCUCCUUUCUUGUUGUGUAGUCUCGACUAUCACUCUUAGAUGUCUUAUUUCCACCACUUCCAAUGGAUGGUUUCAGCUAUAGACAAAAUUUCGAUCUACACAAGAAGAACGAAAUCCAUUUCCAUAGCUGGAAAGAGCAUCUUAAAAUGAGUAAAAUUGCAAAGUUUGGUUGCAAAAUGUUGUAAAAUGAGGAAAAUAUAGCCCUGUGAAGUUCGCAAAUUUUGUAUAUAUUUGCAUUACGCGCGGGAAAAAUAACCAUUUUUGAGCUGAAAGUAGUUAUUUUCACCGCGUGUAAUACAAAUAUAUACAAAAUUUGCGAACUUCAUAGGGCUAUAAUUAUUUUCUUCGUUUUACAACAUUUCGCAACCAAACUUUGCAGUUUUACUCAUUCAAAGAUGCUCUUUCUAGCUGCAUGUGGUGUUGGAUUUCGUUUUUCUUGCCUAGAUCAAAAUUUAGGCCCAAGGGUGGGUUGACUACAAAAUUUUUGUAGUUCGCUAUAACUACAGCUACUUCAAAAAUAAGUAGUCAGCUACAACUACUGCUACUUUUGAACAAAGGUAGUUCGCUACUGACUACAGCUACUGCUUAAAAAAUGUAGCGAACUAUUUCGCUAUUUCGCUACACUAUAUUUUUUAGUUUUACUAUAUUUGGAGCAUCUACUAACUCAGGCUGUAAUGUAAUCUAUAACAAAUCGACAAACAGCCAACAGUAAACACAAAGCAACAUUUUUGUAAGCACUACAGUGUUCAGGAGUGCAAAUUGACUAUUGAGUAUUGAUUUUAAGCAAACUGUGUUUCAAUAUCAUGGCGCUAUUCUAUCAGGUUGCUAACAAUCUUAAAAAGUAGCGAAUAGCGAUUCGUUGUUUGAAAAGUAGUCAACUACUUGGCUACUUUUAGGCAACAUGUAGUUCGCUAUAACUACAACUACUGUUUUAAAAAAGUAGUCAAAAACUACUGGCUGCUUGAAAAUUGUAGUUCGCUACAGUAACGAACUACAACUACUUCGCUACAACCCACCCUUGAAUUUAGCCUAUAGCUGGAAUCACCCAUUUCUUGACCAGUCGUUUCACCACCGGCCAAAUCCUAAUUUUUAAUUGUAUGAAUUUUUCCAAUCUCCUCAGGAGAUCGAUAAAUUGCUCGAAUCUAUUCCAAACAUUGAAGAAACUCUGAAUGGGCUAAUACAGCAGAUGGAGGCUGAGGAAGAGACACCUAUCGACCCUGACCAACUUGAGGAACAACAAUCUGAAUUUGAGUCGAAAAUGAACAACGUCGCAGAAAUCUUACAAAAAGGCAGUCAACUGCUUGAAGAGAUACGGAAUGAUAGUUCUGAAGAGUUACAAGAUGUCUGUCUGUUGGAUGAAAGGCUGGCCAGGUUGCAGGAUGAGUAUCGUCACGUUGUAGACCAGUGGGAAAAAAACAAUGAAUCACGACUCAUGGAUGAAAGUAUCGCGAGCUUCAAACACGAUUCGAAACUGGUGAGAAUAACGAACAGAUCAUUUUCAUAUACUAUACAACACUAUCACAAUAUUUAUACUGGAUAGCUCAAUCAGUUUUAAACUGUUCUCCUUAGAAGUCUAGUGAGGGUUAUCCUUAUCCAGUGUUGCUACAAACGAAACCAAAUUACUUCGAAAAUAUCUAGAUGUCAUACUGGAAACACAUCUCAUAUGAUCUUCUCAUAUGCACCUGAUGUGUAAUUAUCUCUCACCUCCGCAGAGGUUAUUUAUUCUAUUUAUAAUGUUCUUCGGUUCUCUUCGGAUUGUUCUCGGAGUUAAUCGCGAUACGGCGCUGGACAAAACUAACGCCCUAUCGCGAUUAACUCCGAGAACUAUCCGAAGAGAACCGAAGAACAUUAUAAAUAGAAUAAAUAACCUCUGCGGAGGAGAGAAUGUAAUUAUAAUCAGAAAACUGUUUAUUUGAUGGAUAUUGUAGAUGGAAAUUGUCGAGUGGAAAUUUAUAUACAUUUAUUAGACCUAACCAGGAACAGAAGAGAAAAAUGCAACUUUAGGUCCCAGGCAGGAAUUGAACCUGCGGGCUAUUCGGAGAGGUGAAAGAUUUAACUGUAUUUUUACACUAACCACUAGUGGUACAAGCAAUCAUGCCUGUUGGUUUUAUUGCUGUGGAGAUAGCCAAUCUUCAAGUGGAAUUUAGUCUAUCCUGUAAUUUACCUUCAGACGUAGAUAUCUGGCUCCACGUGAUUUUUGGAGUUACUCCAUGUUUAGAUACUCAGUAACUACAGGUGUAGACAACCUCGUACCCAGGAUCUUUCUUUGGGAAAGACCCUGGCUGCGGCUGGUCACGUGCUUCAUCAAAAAUUUAGCGCCUGAGGGGGUGUGGGGAAAGUAUCAAAUUACAUCAACAUGCUUCCAGUGGGAUAUUCGUUAAAAACAUAGAUUUUGCGAAUUAUUACGUUCAAAAUACUUGCUAAUUUUUGUUUAUUUUCUUUGCUUUGAAUUUACAAGAACAUUGUUACAUUCUUACUUACAGUCAAGACUGUCAAGUCAAGAAACCAAGCAAAUCGUUACUCGCAGUGCCCUCUCGUGUUGUUAUUCAAUGCAUGCUCUCUUCACACGCGAGAGCGGUUAUAACAAACGUUUGUUGUAAUGUUUUUAAAAUAGGCCAUUACAUUUGUCUUUUUUCUUGUAAACGUUGAUACGCUUUGCACCGAUUCACUUGUUACUACGCGUCAUGUUUAUAAGAUUUUUAAAAGAAACAGUUUGUCUAGGACUGGCCCAAAUAUUAGCAAAUGUAAACAUUUGAUAAUAGCCGAACAGAGAAAUGUCCAUAAGCAUAGAGGAAAUUUCAGUCAUUGAUUUAUCUGGAUUUACUACAUAAAUUCGUAUUCGGUAAUUAUAGUAAGACUUCAGCCUUUUUCUUGGUCUCUAUUAAUCAUUAUAUUGUGCUAAUAUACUAUAAUCUAUAUCACAAAUUUACAGUGUCAGAUGCGCACAGACCGUCAUUUGGCGUCAUACGAAUAGACAUAAAUUUUCGAGUUUUCUACUUCUACUAACAUUUUUAAAGUUUUCAUUGUGAAUCACCUGUUUAUCUCUAAUUCAUUAAUCAUUUGCUACUUAUAUUUAUUUGAUAGUGUCAAUGUCAUAUAGUGAAUAAUACGUUUACACACAAGCAAUCCUGGAUAUGAUAUAGACGAUGCAAGCUGUCCAUUAAAAAAUAACGGUAUUCUAUUUCACAAAGCAAAAAUUUAAAUCUCACUUGUAUAUAUUAAGAAUGCAUAUAAAGCAAAAAAUUAAAGCUUAUUCAUGUCAAAACGAAAGCUGUUUACAAAAUUUAUAAAGGUGGUGAACACUACUAAACAGUGCUCAUUGAAAGACAUGUAUAAUAUAGUGACAUAUAAUUUGCCGUUUGACUUAUCUUUGGUGUAUGAUUUUAAUACCGUAGAUUUUCAACAGACAGCUAUACUUUGACAUAUACCAUGAUCGUUGGAUUCAGCAAUGCCAAGGGCCAAUUUUAUAGUCUUUUGACGGGCUUUAAGUUUUUUGAUAAGGCCUUUAUAUAGAUCAACAAUCUGGAUACAGUUGGCGAUAUUUCGGAAAUCAAAAGAUCUCGCUAUUUCGUUGCAAUUCCACAUCUCAUCAAUAAAUAAAUUCUUUUGGUCCGAGUAUCAGGAUAAACUUUAAUACUAAAUAAAUAACAACCACACUGUUCGGUCUAGAGAUAUAUAUUUUCUUGUAGGUUUAAUCACAGUUUAAUAUUGCCACGCUACACAAGCGGCAAGCGUGCUUUCUUUGGCAAGUCUGUAAUGAAAUCUGAUCCAACUUGCUUGAAUUGUAACUCGACACCAGAUUAUAGAGUAGAACGUCACGAUAUAAAUAUUAAUUCAAGAGUUCUCUUUACGAUAUCUUGUCGCAAAUUUACAGUACGUAAAUUUCAUCACCCAAAGUUGCAAUUUUAAAACGCUACAAACACGCUCCUUUCCCACCCCUCUCACAGUUACAAUUAAAUUUACCUCCCAGAAUCUGGGAGGCACGUGACCAGCCGCAGCCAGGGUCUCUCCCAGAUGACAGACGGAGAGACCCUGGGAACGAGGUUGAGGUGUAGAUACAGUACCUAACUGCAAACGAUUUUGGGAGUCAUUAACCUGCAACUGUAGGUUUAGAAAAAUAACUCCACUGCCUUCACAUCAUAGGCGGUGGAAAAAUUAUUUGGUUGGUUGGGGGCGGGAUUAAAGAAACUCUAGGGGUCCAGGUGCGUGUAGAAAUAUAGACUCUCUGAAAUGUCAUUUCUUGCGUUCUCAGGAAGAUUUGACACGCAGAAACCUCAAUUUAACCUUCAACAACAACUGUUUCAAACCACAUAACGGGGAAUUGUGAAUAUAUAAUAUAUAAUAAACCCUUUUUCUACUCUUUCUGGUACCUACAGUAUGCUUCACAUGAUUUUUGUAGUUCUGUAAUUGACCUGUAGCUCCUUAAUUCAAUUAAGUUUGAAAAUUUUGAGUAUGGCUACCUAAUUUCUGGAACCAUACAACCAACUCCCAAAAUUAAGCACGCUGUACAAUUAAAGGGACAUUUUCUCUUAGGUCACAGAGUGGUUAUGCGGUCCAGGAGAAGCGUAUCUUCUGAAAAAUACUAAACUUGGCAAUUCUCUGACAAGUGCAGAGGCUCUGAUUAAAAAACAUGAAGAAUUUGAAGCACAAACGAAGGACAUCAUCAGUUCAUUUGCGACAGCUCGUGCGAAAGCUAAAGACCUUCUGCAGUCCCAACAUCCCAAAUCUGCUGACAUCCAGGAACAAAAAACAACCAUGGACAAAUAUUGCCGAAACUUUGCUUUCAGAAUGGAAAGACGGCAGUUUCUGUUAAUGUCCUCGAUCAAUUUUCACCACUGGACGCAAGUUGUAAGUUUCUAAGGAGUAUUUAUUAAUUUGGUAUUUUUCAGGCGCUUUCAGACACAAACCAUGAUAGCUUAUUGUAGAAUACUAUAUACCUACACUGGACGACCACAUUUGAGAUAUCUUUUUCAGGCAGUUCAGACACAAAUGAGAUAUCUUUUUCAGGCAGUUUAGACACAAACCACAACAGCUUAUUGUAGAAUACCACCUACACUGGACUAUCACAUUUGAGAUAUCAUUUUUAUGCAAUUCAGACACAAACCAUGGUAGCUUAUUGUAGAAUACUGCCGACACUGGACCACCAUUUUUGAGAAAUCUUUUUCAGGUAGUUUAGACAAAAACCAUGGCAGCUUAUUGUAUAAUACUACCUACAGUGGACAUCACGUUUGCGAUAUAUUUUAAGGCAGUUCAGACACAAUACCUACACUGGACCCCCACGUUUGAGAUAUAUUUUUCAGGUAGUUCAGACAGACUGAGAAGCUUAUACAUUAUGCUUUUCUUUCCCAGGCGUCUCGACAUUUGGAUGAUUUACUGAGUGUGUUAUGUACUGAUGUUGAUGAUAAGCUGGAGGAAGAGGCGACGUUGAAUAUGCUUGAAAAUAUUAAUAUUCACACAAAAGGUUUGUGAAGACACACAAGCGCACCCAUCAGUCACUCAACAAGUCCACAAGUUGCACAUUGGUUUGUGCACGUGUCCCGCGUCUGUUACCUAGGUUCAAUUCCUGUGAUCGUUAUAAUUUCGUUUUCAGUUGGGUGCAGGGUCGGCCUCCUCCGCAGGUAUCUCUGUAACAUCGGUACGGGUUCCUCCUGUAUAGUGUGCGGGCGGGUUACGCGGGCCAUCCGAGUUGCAGAGUUGCCUGUGGAAGAGGCUAGGUGCAGGGAUGGUUCCAGCCUGAUCUGGUAGGGAGUGGGGGAGUGGGUGUGGUCAUCUUUUGUCAUGGUUCAGGGUGCGACUUUUCACCAAUACACCCUUUAGAUAAUUGCGUCAUUUGGCCUGGGAGCGUCGCUCUCAUGAAUCAUGAGGCAAUCACGUUGCGUAAUUUACUGAUGAGAGCGAGGCUCCAGGACCAAAAAGUAUGUGUGACGUAAUUAUCGAAGGGGUGUAUUGCAUAAUCACUAGAGAGAGCUACGCAGCAAGGGAGUGAUGACGAGGAAGUUUAAGAUCCUCCGAAAGUUUAAAUUUUUAGAAAUAAAGCUUGUUUAGGUUGUGUUUCGUCCUGUAGUAACACUGUACCACGAACGAACGAACGGCUUUACUGAGCCUUUAGGAAGAAAUGCCGAGAACUGGUAGAGCUUUCCAGUGUAAAAAUAGUUGGUGUAAUUUAAGUUUUUUUCUAUGGUAACACUGAAUCAAUAAGGGAUGACCAUUACUGGACCUCUAGGGAUAACAGUUUUGACUAAUAGAGCUAUCCAGUAUAAAAAAGUUAGUUUAGUUUAGUUUAGUCAGAACGAGAAGAAAGAUGGUUCACCUGAGCUUUUAAUAUUCCCAUUUUGUUUUCCAAACAGGCAUAGCAGAAGCGACGGAGGCAACGCUUCACGAUGGCUACGCAAUCUUGGAAGCACUCAAGACGCCACUGACCGAUGUAUAUGGGAAAGAGGUGGACUACGAGUGUGGUUCUAUUGCUGGUCAUAUCAGAAAUACCAUUGACGAUCUGGUCGGGAGAAAGAAAAGAAAUGAUGAACUUUGUGACGUGAGAAAGUUGAAACUCCAGCAGAUAUUACAACUGAGAUCAUGCGAGAGAGACACGGAUCAGGUAGGGGUCUUAUUUUAUCAUGAACUGUCUUUACCAGUGUAGGUACAGUGCCAUUAAAAUGAACAAGCUUUCGUUGGUUGCAACUACAUGAAAAUAUAGAAGGAGAAUUUCGACGUUUCGAGCGAAGCCCCUUCGUCUGGAGUUACUUGAAGGGCCUUCGCUCGAAACGUCGAAAUUCUUAUAUAUUUUCAGGUAGUUGUAUCCCUACCAACGAAAGCUUGUUCGUCUUAUUUUAUCAGUACUUUGGGCAUCCCGCUCUUGGAGAUUUUGAGAGGAAGUUUAUAGUAGAAAAGAACUUGUGGUUAAUGCUUAUCAACUGGACUCUGUAGCAGUGUGGAUUAUAACGUUUUUGCUUAGGUCUGACAAAUGUCCGAUCCGGCAAGACUGUUGCUCGGACAUUGGCAAAGAAUGGUCGGUCAACUAUUUCAACCAUUUUUACGAAAAAAUAAAACCUCUUUUUGUAAGUAGUAAGUAUUGGAAACGCUAUAGACUUACUAUCGAGAUUCGGUCACUUGAGAGAGUACUUGCUAAAAGAGAAUAGCUCAAUGACAAUGUUUCCUCUGAAUGCUUUUUUCAAUUUUCAUCCAAAUAUUUAUUGAUUGCAUGGUACAAUAGGUAUAGUAUGCUUUUCAAACAGUACUUUUUAUAUAAGCUACCUUCAAUUGAAAUAAACAUUGUCUAUUUUAUUUGAUCGGUCAAAAUGUCCGUGCAGAAUGAAAUUGAUCGGCCAUUCGGUGUUUUUGUUUGGCAAAUAGCCGAUUGCCGACCGUUAUAAUCUACACUGCUCUGUAGCUCGGUUAGAGCGCUGCACUGGAAUCGGUAUGUAGUUGCAUUUUUUGCAUCUUCUUCUGGUUCGGUUUGAAAAUUGUAAUAAUCGUCCUUCGACUGUCGUGUUUUAUAGCCAGUAUAGCUUAAAACUCAGGCCUUCAUUUUAAGUUCAAUUUUAAUUUUUUUUUUAUACUGCUUUGGUAAUCAUAGGGAAGUUUUGCAACUCAGCUGAAGGUGUCUAAUAAAGUGUCUAUUUAUAUUCCAGGCGAUUACUUGGUUAAAGGAGUUAUGUGGCGUCAUGAUUGCGUCAAACACCAACGUAGGCAGAACUUACGAAGAAGCGGGCAGAAUGAAAACUGACCAUGAGAAAUUUCAAAGCACAGCAAAGGUUUGAGAACGAUAUGUUUUUUCUAACGACGUUUUUCGAGGUGCUGGUGACACAAUGCUUAGUGCAUGUAGCUUUCACUUCGAUCUACCCCCGCGGUUUGUAUUCCUUGAGCCGGUUGUACGAAGGCUGGAUAGCGCUAUGCACCGGAUUGCGAUUUUUUGAAGCCUUCUAAAACUGGCCGGUUUUUGUAUAACCUAGAUUAAGUCAUAGUAUUAAUAAAUUGGAGUUUCUUUAAUCAUUUUGGGCUCUAUAUCAGUAGUUUUAUAACUGGGGCCUUAGUCACUCUCCUAGUGCACGGCGCUAUUGUAGACACGAACAGUUAACAGUGAAAUACGGUCAACUUUCAUGUCUAAGAAAGAUGCCUUUUUUCUCAAGGGAACAUAUGACUACGGAGAACAAGUUGUCCAAGCGGCCUUGGUUCUUCGACGUUCUUGUCGUUUUGUGCUAACUCCAGUUCAUGAGCGAGAAGAGAUGUUGGCGAAGGUCUGGGAACGAGUUGCAGAUAUGAUCAUCGAACGUGGCAAGAGACUUGAGGCAGCUGUGGAGUUUUAUAAGAACUCUGAAAAGGUAAUAUUUUAAUAUCCAAUUACAUAAUAUUUUUACUUGUAAACUAUAUAUAGCAUACACUUGAUACUUUAUUCCCAUACUAUGCAAUUCCAAAGCAACUCAACAGACAAUUGCCAUUAUAGACUAAUUUUUUAUCUUGGCAAAAAAGUAUAUUACCGGAAAGAGCAUACUAAAAUGAGUAAAAUUGCAAAGUUUGGUUGCGAAAUGUUGUAAAACGCGGAAAAUAUACUAUAACCUUGCAAAGUUCGCCAAUUUUGUAUACUUUUGUAUUGCGUGCGGAAAUUGCUACCACAUUUGGGCCGAUACAAAAUUUUCAAACUUUGCAAGGCUAUAUUUUCCGUAUUUUACAACAUUUCGCAACUAAACUUUGCAAUUUUACUCAUUUCAGUACGCUCUUUCUAGCUGUGGUGAUUUAUUUGCAUCUCCUUGCCUAGUUUUAAAAUUAGCCUGUAAUGGGAAUUGUCUAUUGUUACUGCUGUUUUGGAAAUUAAUGAUUAAAACUUAAAUCCUGUUUUCAGUUCUUGGGUGAAGUCGACGAGUUGGCGAUGUCGUAUGUCCAGGAAGGCACUCUUUCCCAUCUCUCAAAAGAACAAAUCAAAACAGAACUGAUCAUACACUCGGACAUCAGGGAACGCGUGAUCAAAGAUUGCCAAGACACCGUGACGUUUGGUGAAAAUUUCUUGAAGUGGCUCGUAUUGCCGCUGACUGGGAAUGAUGACACCACUGUGGGCUCAGAUGAUUCUUCCACUUGUGCACCUGUGGCUGAAUGUCUGGCUGAAGUGAAGGAAAGGAAAGUGGAAUGGGAGGAAAUGUGGAAUGAACGGUUGAACAAGUUACAAAAGUUGGCUGACGGUGGAGCUCAAGCUGAACAUAGCACAUCCGAGGUAAAUCGAAAAUUUAGUUGAUGCGCCUGGCACCUUUAAUAACACUUUAUUUAUUGAGGAUAAACAGAUAAAAGUUACAACCCAAGUUUUUUCCAAUCUGGUCCUCCUAAACUCUAUAGACACAACAACAAUAAAACAUGACUAUGUUCAGUACUUCCUAGGAGUAUGAACAAACGAAAUCAUGGGUAUAAUGUAAAGUAUUAACCAGUACUACAAUUCAGUUGUUCAUACCUCGAGAAAGCCCCAAUUUUCUAAUUAGGCAAUAAAUGUUUAAGUUAAAUUAAAUUAUAUUUACAGAAUAAUAUGUCGAAAUACGUUGACAUACUACUCACCAAGUGUCUAACGUGACAUUAUAAACAUGACAGUAUUUGGCACUUUCUCCAUGUACGAACAACCGAAAGUUAGACUUAGGUUCAAUGCACCUUUGCAACUUAGGUUCAAUUCCUGCGAUGUACAGUUGUCUGAUUAUAAUUUUCGUCCUCGGCAGAAAAUUACUCACGAAUAACAGUAACAUUGGACAAAAAAGGGGUGGCCCUUACUCGACCAGCCGAGAAAACAAUUUUGAGCUGAUCGAGUCAAUGCAGUACAAAUAAAGUUAGGUUAGUUUAGGUUUCCUUCUGGGGCCGGCUGUUCAAAGCUGGAUUAGCACUAACCGGCCUCGGUUACUGUCGAUGCAAUGGAAGUGUUGAUAAAAUAUUGCAUGAAUUCAUUUCCUCAAGUUGAUCAAUUCAUACGAAUUCAAAUUUCUUUUUACUUCCAGUGCGUCUCCUAUUGGUCAAUCGGUUCUGAAACGAAAUCUAAUUGGCUCAUCUAAAAGUAACAGGAAGUUGAUCAAUUUUCUAUCAAAUGAAUUGAUCAACUUGAGGAAAGGAAUAGACCUUUCCCCUUUUAAAUGAAAUUUUGAUCUAGACAAGUCUGGACAAAAAUUUCAUCACAGCUGAAAGAGCAUCACAAAAUUAGUAAUAUUCCGAAGUUUCGUUGCAAAAUGUUGUAAAAUGCGGAUAAUAUAGCUUUGCGAAGUUUGCCGAUUUUCAGUCAUUUUGUAUUACAAAUGGGAAAUUGAUAAUCAGAUGAUCAAACUGAUUAUCAAUUUCCCGUUUGUAAUACCAAAUGACUUGAAAAACAGUAAACUUCGCAAGGCUAUAUUAUACGUAUUUUACAACAUUUCGCAACGAAACUUCGCAAUAUUACUAAUUUUGUGAUGCUCUUUCAAGCUGUGAUGAAAUUUUUGUCCAGACUUGUCUAGAUCAAAAUUUCACUUAAAAGGGGAAAGGUCUAUUGGUGCAAUAUUUUAUCAAUCGACAGUAAAAUAUAACCUGCUGAUUUAGUUUAUGUAUUUCUGCACAUCUGGGGCCCGUUGUUCCGAAAGGUGGAUUAGCACUAACUCUGGGUUAAAAUUUAACAUGCUGUUUUAGUUUGUGUAUUUCUGCACGUCUGUUUAUUUCAAAACUUCAGAGAAGUAAACUCCUAUCAAUCCAGACAAGAUCUCUGAAGAAAUAUCCCCAAAUUUAUAGACAAGCUGUCAGGAAGUUUGCUUGGAAUUUUAGGUUAACCUAGGGUUAAACUAACCCAGCUUUGAACAACCGGGCCCCUGGUGUUUUCAAAACUUCACAGAAGAAAAUUGAUGCAGACAAAUUUCUGAAGAAAUAUUUCCAAAUUUAUAAACAAGCUGUUGGGACAUUUGCUUGGAAUUUUAGAUUAACCUUGGCUUAAGCUCAGGGACGUCGCGAAGCCAUCAACAUUGGGGGGGGUUUCGACCAACAUUUCAAGGAAUCGACCAAGUCAUACAAAUGUUCCCGAAAAUGCCAGGGGGGAAGGAGGGGGUAGGAGGUAAAAAUAAUUUUCGGGACUAAUAUAAGCAUACGUAGUAAAAAAAAUUUUCUGGACUAACAUAAACAUACUCAAAAAAAAUUUUCCGGACUAACAUAAGCGUAUUCAAAAUUUUUCGACCAAGAUAAGCAAGGCUUGCAAUGUUUUCACCGCAAACAUAAAAGCUUUAAAAUUGUUGAAAUUGCAAACUAUUUCAUAACUUUGACCUACUUCGAACAUCUUUUAUCCCAAACUUUUACCAAAUUUUUCCGAGUUUUGCCUUCAAUUUUACUGCAUAUAUCAGUUUCAUUUUGACCAACUUUGGGCAAAUAUCAGUUCCAUUUUGACCAACUUUGACCAACGUUUAAAUUAUUGGGGGUGUUACUCCCCCCCCCCCACCACCACCACCCACCUCCCUGUAGCGACGUCCCUGCUUAAGCUAAUCAGCUUUCAAGCAACUGGACCCAGUUGUAACACUGGACCAUUAUAUGACGUUUACUGAACUUGUAGGAGAACAAUUUUGAGCUGAUCAAUUUAUCCAGUGAAAAUAAAGUUACUUUAAUAAGGAUUUCCUUCUGUAGUAACAUUUUAAACUGACCAAUAUAAAGGAUAGCCCUUGCCGUCAACGUUAUUAACAGAGCUGAUCGAAUUAUAAAGUGAAAAUAAAGUUAGUACUAGUUUUGUUUAGGUUUCCUUCUGCAGUAAUACUACACCGAUAUAAGGUAAUGGCCCUUACUGGAAUUCAAUGGAGAACAGCUAACCGUUAGAACUGAUUGAGUUAUCAUUGAGAAUUGUAAAAAUAGAAAAUAAUCAGUGACAGUGUAAAAAUAGAAAAAGCUAUCAAAUUGCUGCAUCAAUCCCGAACACUUAUUGUUGAACACUCAGCUGCCGUGAAAUCCCACAUUUGACAUAAAUUUUUUUAAGGCUGAUUUUUUAUCUGUCUAGAUUGUGCAGUGGAUCAAAGACAUUAAUUGUGAAGUUGGAUUAAGUUUGUUUAAUAUCGGUGAAAACCUGGACGAGGCUCAGACGCUCUCGUACCAAUGUUCUAUGGUAGAAAGAGCUGUGAUGGUAAGUAAGAUGUACGGUUGCGGACUAAGGAGGGGAGGGGUGGGGCCUUUACAUGAUACUGUGUAACAAAAUUGUUAGGUCUAUCUUUUGAAACGUCGCGCUUAUCAUGUUCUGCACUAAAUAUUUCGGCGAGUAAUCGCCGUUGAACUGAUGUCCUACUCAGAUUCUCAGAAGUCAUACUCUGCAAGCCGGGUUUACACUUUCACAGUAGGAAUUUUGCAUACAGUAGGUAAAAUCUAGUUGCGAAGGAUUUGUAAGAAGUGUUUGAGGAAACUGACUUUAGUAUUAAACACGGAGUCGAUUCCCUCAAACAUUUCUUACAAAUCCUUCAAAACUAAGAAUUUACCUAUGCAAAAUUCACACUGUGAUCACAGAAACUUUACCCAUCUAUUACACACUGACAUAAAUUAGCACAUCUAUUGAGUGGGAUUGCCUUUCUUUUAACGAAUUCUGGCUUGCCACCUUAAGCAAUGACUCAAGACCUUGCUUAGGCUCUGUCACUAAUAUUGAUUUUGUGGUGAAUCACUUUCUUGGAAUUGAUUUAUUCUAAAAAAGUAUACGAUUUUAUAAAGCGAUCUUCACAGUUAACGAUCUUUCCUUUUGUACUGUUAAAAUGUGAUCUGCGUCGAAUGUCCCGUGUUGAAAAUUUCUAAUCCACAAAUAACUGAGUUUUAUAAUUACUACGAGCUAUCUUUAAGCGAUGAUGUUGAGGUGUUGACGUAACGUGGAGUUUGGAAUGUUGAUGUGUUAGCCACUGUAGGGCUGUCGUGUUUCAUUUAGCCCCAAACUGUGACAUAAUGCUAUCAUAUAUGUAGCCACGUUCCUUCAAUAACAGUAUACCCUGCUCGUGAUCCAGCUUCACUUGCGGUCCACGCGUAACCUGUAUCCUCUACUACUCCGUUGUCAAUCCACUUUCACACUUGCUGUUAAUAGCCAUAAUUAUAUACGAGGGCGUCGUUCCGGGUCAGUUGAUGUCAGCGAUGGUAUGCUAAGCACUUUGGAAGGGUUUGUAUUGACUACAAACGCCUAGGCAUUGGAUUUCGCUCGAUAUCUGUUGCUUGUUGCGGCGACGUAUUGAUAACACGAUCAACCGCGUAAAACUUUUGAGGAGAAUUGCCAACGGAUGUUUGGACCUUAGCGGACGUCUUUGGUAAGUACGUACAGACUGGCAGAUUUUCCGCGUCACUUGGCCUAUAAAGGUAUAAACUGUCUUUAAGUGUGCUGUAUCUAUACUCAUCCUGUAAGUCUUGUAACCCACUCGAGCGAUAGUAAUCAUUUCCCGGACUCGUUCUUAUAUUACUAACUCAGAAUAUAGGAGUAUAAUUGAAAUUGUAUAGCUAGCUUUGUUGGACAGUGUGAGAAUCGUUUAUACUAUGGUCUACGGUUAUACUACAGUCGGCAAAUGUCCAAUGAAACUUGUUGAGCAAUUUCAAGCGUAGAGAUUUACAUUCGAAUGCUAAACUGGUCCGGUUCGAGCGGAGAUGGAAUUCAUUAAUCAACUAUAAUCCAAGCAAAAAUAUUUAUGGGCGACAGUUGUGUUCAUUAAUAUUUUGAAAUCAUAACGACUCCAUGUGGCAUGACGUAUGUGAAAUCUUUCUCGUUAAACAGUCUGGCGUUUCGUCUUCGUAAAAUUGUCGGUCGGUAGUCAGACUUCUUUAGCUUCGCAUCAUCCAGAAUAAAUGUGAAUGAUAGCUUCAAGUUUCGCCAAUGAGAGGGCUAGUUUGAUUUACUUGCUUACUGUUUCGUACUGUCCGCAUUAUCCAUCUUUUCUUCUCGCAUUUCAGCCUGUUUUACCUUAAAAAAUAUUGGAUAUACGUUUAGAUAAAUAUGUCAAUUCUUGUAAAAAAAAAUUUGGCAUUGAACUUGUGAGACCAUUGCAUUUUAUUUUCCUAAUUUAUAUGUUUAAUUUAUGUUCUGUAUAAAUAUAUUUGUAUUUUAAGCUUUGCAAAUCCUUCUAUAUGAGGUCGUUAUGACUAGAUUUCUGUCAUUAGGACUCAUUUAAUGCAUACUGCAUAAUGAUUGUUUGAGUGUUUGUUCUCGCUAAACGAAACAAACAUUCACUAUAUAACUUGCUUGGAAGGUCAGACAGAUUAGCCCUGCCUUACUUCACGUCUGCGGGAUAGUUUACGCGUUUUAAAUUGUUACAAACACCAGCCGCAUAGAGCAUUCUGCUCGUUCAUUUAUUCACAAUGCCAGUUUACCCUGUGUAUAAGCAAAUCUAAUGUCGAUAAAAGAUAGCGCAAACACUUUUGGAAUAAAAACGCAAUUAUCGAUUUUCAAUGUUUAUUGAACGACGAAAUUUCGUUUGUAUUUUUACCUUUUAUGUUCAUUGUUGUUCACCCUGCAGGAGACGCGCUAAACAAAUUUGGGAUGUUAUUUUAUCGGUUUUAUAAAAAAUAAUACUGUUAAACGCAUGUUGCCCAUUGAGUCCUCGAGUAAUAAACGGUUUAGUUUAUGCUUGGGCUAAGUGAAGGAGGGUUAGUACUGUCGCGAUGAGUUGGAAUUAGGCCAGCGUGUUUUAUUGUAGUGCAUAACAGUCGGGGUAUAUUCUUCAAAAUGUUAGGGGUCAAUAGGUCGUCUUUCUGUCGAAGCGUCGCCCGAUUAUUGUGAUUUCGUCUAUAAUCUGUGCGGUUGAGCACCGUUGGUUGUUUCUUUUGUACCCAUUACAAAUGUUCGUAUCACUUUUUCUUGGUUUCCGCUCUUCUUAACAAGCAAUGUUGGUUUAGUUAGGUUCUGGUUAAUAUCCUUACCUAGCAGCAGAUUUUAUUGCCAACAUGUUUGUCAUAUGUUGUCACAGUGGGGACUAUUCAAUCAAUGCUGUCUGAAAUCGCUGUUUAUUUUCCAUUUGCACACGUCAUUGAGGUAUAGCGCUCAGGAUUAUAUCUGCACAUUGCCUCGAACAGAACCACUUUCCUCGUACAAAAACAAGAACUUUGCUUUGAAAUAACUUGGUUCAGUUCUGAGCUCUUAUCCUGUAAAUUAAUUUAAAUCGUGUUUAAUUGGUAUGCUUGUUAUGAAGCCAAUUUUGUUUAAUUAUAAACUUGCCCAAAACAAAUUAAUUUCUAAUGUCAGGGCGAUGAGUUUCUUUUUUUUUGGCGACUAAUCUUGCCGAUAUAUUUGUUGAAAUACCCAAAGAAUCUGUUAUAUUGUUCGUGUGACUUGUGUUUUCCCUAUUAAGAGCUAACCAAACAUUUAGAAAAUCCGAGUAAACUCUCGAAGAUUUUGAAGACGUAGUUUGGCAAUGACUUUUGACAUGUUUAUUUUGCAUGUCAUUGACAAAGCUUUAAAUUCUAAUAUUAUGUUAAUACUUUUGUAACCGGAUAACGAAGCGCUUAAGUUUUAAUUUAGUUCUCUGUAACGGAAUAGAUACGUGUGGAUUACCUAAUAAAGUAAUCUCGUGCCAAGGAUAUUUUAGUAAAAGUAAAAGUUCAACAUGUUUUACAUUCGCUGUUUUAUUAUUUUAUUAUGGUCGUUGAAGGUUUUGACCCGGACAAAAAUUGCUAGAAAACUGAUACUGUUGCCAUUAACAACGAAAUGUUUCGUGGAAUUAACAUAUGAGGAAUUUUUAUUGGCCAAACUGCCCAAAUUUUGCCUAUAAAACCCUAAUAAGGUAACAAGCAUAAUUGUGUAAGUUUCUCAUAUGUGAAAAUGAACAGUACCGGUGGGAAAAGCAUGAAAGCUGAUCAGGAAAAUGGUAUAGUUUUCCAUUUUUCAAGUAAAACUUAACAAGAUAUGAAGAAUAUAAGGUUGGGCAAAAUAUUGCAAAAAUGUGCUGAGUCAGCCUAAAAUUGUAGGUUGUAGUUAAAACUAUUUCAGUAAUUUUCAGUCAGAAUAAAAGACUAUAUCAUUUUCAUGAUAAGAUUCAUGCUACAUUCAAUGGUACCAUUUAUUGAUAUACGUUUAAGAAAUUUAUGUUUUAUCGUAUAUAUGGGUUUAUAGCUAAAAUUUGGGUGUUGGCCCAAUAAACAAAUUUCUUAGCGGAUUAUAGCUAAUGAUACCUAAAUCGGCUUUAUACGAUUUUUUUGGUCCCUUCAACGACUAUAUUAUUUGACGUCUGAGACUUUCAUGAAGGAGACAUUCACCAUUGCAUGUUUGACUCCAACAAUAUACUGGGAGAGGGCACAGGAAUAUCCUAACGUUAUUCAUGAGAUCUUUAAAACUGCAUCAACCGGAUCAUUUGUAUAGGGUGUACUCGACCGGGAUGUCUUUCUCUUGAUUUCACCGUUCUCCAGGGCUAAACCAACUUAGUUUAUGCCGGAUAGCUUUAUCAGUUCAAAAGAGUCCGCUCUGUACGCUCCCAGUACGCACCUCGAUCGAACCCCAGUUACAAAGGCGGAAAACAACUUUACCUAGGACGGAUUUUGUGAGCUCAGUUGACCCUAAUUUACCCUUAUUCAAGCUUAUGCAGUGUUCGGACAGCUCAAGAUAUAUGAACAACAACAUAUGCGGUCAUGAUAUUUCAAACAUGAGGGUACGAUCUAGGUAGUAUUCGACAAUAGCCUGCCGUGGUUUGUGUGUGAACCACCUGAAAAAAGAUACCUAAAACAUGGUGGUCUAGUGUUGGUAGUAUCCUACAAUAACCUGUUGUGGUUUGUGUCGGAACGACCUGCGACUUAAAACGAAUAUUCUGUGUUGUUUUACAGAAACGAAGUGAACAAGUACAAGAAGCAUUAUCUUUAUUUCGUUCGUUGUCAGACAGCGGGAGUGGACAAGCUUUCUCCAAUGUUGUCAUGGCCGACUCCUUGGACGAGUCGUGGAAAGAUUUAAACAGUCAACUGGAAACACGACGUAUUCUGCUUGAUACUUCAGUUGCGUUUCAUCGCAGCGCCGAAGAGGUAAGGUUAUGACGUAGUAAACUCUGCUUAAACUAACCUUAUGUAUACUGGUUGGCUAUAUAGUUCUAAACUGUUCUCGUUAGAGGUCCUGUAAAGGUUAUCCCUUAUUGAUCCAAACUCCAAAGCCAGAAAGACAAUACCCUUGAAGCAUGCACUUCUUGGCGGCUUAAGGUGAUCACUGUUGUGAACACAUACCUAGUUGUGUUUCCCAAAGGUGGGCGAACCAGGAAAUAUUGUUUCCUAGCCACGUUUCCGAAAGGUGGGCGAACCAGGAAACAUUGUUUCUUAGCUAUGAUUCCUGAAGCUGGGCAACCAAGGGAAAACCUUUUCCUAGCCAUGUUUCUCGACGGUAGCCGGGGAACAUUGUUUCCUAGCCAUAUUUCCUGUUGAUGGGCAAACCAAGAAACAUGUUUCCACACCAAAACCGCCUUUGGGAAAAAAAAACACUUUUCAGAAUUUCUAUGGAAACAUUCUUGCUUCCUUGAGAAUCCAAGUGUAUCCAAGGUUAUUAUAGAUGGGUCCAAGUGUGUCCAAGAUUAUAGAUGGGCUGAAACAAUGUCGUACAAUGCCGUACAUGUAGUGAGCUAAACUAUAUGAAAACGUCUCAUUCUUGCAGUUUUCUGAGAGAAUCCGUGUGGUCGAGGAACAACUUGGACAAACUUUACUUGCCGGAGAUGUCACCGUGUCGAAAUCUCUCAUGCAAGAACACCAGGAGCUGCGACGCAGUUUACUCGAGCUCUCCAUGCAGACGUUAUCCAAAGGACAGUUAUUACUAGAUCGUCUAAGAGAAGCCAGUUCUCAUGCUGAUAUCAACAACAGACAUGCAACGAAAGCCGCUUGCUUUAGCAUUGAGAGGACUUUAGAAACGUUAAGUCACAGACGAAGAAAAUUGGAUGAACUGUGGAAGUCGAGGCGGAAAGCUCUGGAACAAUGUGUUCGAAAAUGUCGAGUACAAGAUGAGACGGAAAAGGUAUAGAAACCAAGCUAGCUGUAUGGUAAACCUUAGUGAAACCCACUUGAACACUCAAGAUGGAAAUUUCGACUCGAAAUUUACCCCAAUCGCAUAAUUUCUUUGCAGCUUUCGUCGUGGUUGAAAAAUGAAGGUGAAGAAUACCUUGGACAGACAAACAACGGAGAUACAGUGGAGUCACUUGAAACACUCUUGAGGCAGCAUUUUGAAUUUGAAAACCAAGUCGAGGUAGGUUUAGUACUGAAAGAAUUUUUCCGGUAUUGGUCGAGUGUUACUACUGGAGUAAUCUGUGACGAUUGCUUUAAUCAAACUGAAAGCACCAUUUGCCAAUUUGACUGAAAUGGAAUUACAAUGAGAUAGCUGCAGAUUGCAGGAAUCGAAAUUCCAGCUUUUGACGAAAUUUUGAUCUAAACAAGAAGAACGAAAACCAUUACCAUAGCUGGAAAGAGCAUCUUAAAAUGAGUAAAAUCGCAAAGUUUGGUUGCGAAUUGUUGUAAAAUGAGGAAAAUGUAGCCCUGUGAAGUUCGCAAAUUUUGUAUAUAUUUGCAUUACGCGCGUGAAAAAUAACCAUUUUUGAGCCGAAAGUGGUUGCUUUUACCGCGCGUAAUACAAAUAUAUACAAAAUUUGCGAACUUCACAGGGCUAUAUUUUCUUCAUUUUACAACAUCUAGCAACCAAACUUUGCAGUUUUACUCAUUCUAAGACGCUCUUUCUAGCUGUGGUGUUGGAUUUCGUUCUUCUUGCCUUGAUCAAUUUAGUCCAUAUGCAUAGCUGGAAUCACCCAUUGAACCUCCAUUCUCUUUGUCGCGAUCUUAAAUUGCUUUCAUCUCUUUGGACAGAGCAAAGAAGAAAUUAUUCAUAAGUUGCUGCGCAGUUCUCAGAAAUUGAUUCACGUGGGCCAUCCUGAGGGAGAGCCGUUACACGACAAGGUCAUGGCACUGAAGCUGGAGUUUAAACAGUUUAAGAAGAGAGUGAAUGAAAGAAAGGAAAACCUAAAGAAGCACUUGUCGUUUUGUGAACAAGGCAAAGAGGUAGUUAUAACUAAACUAAUUUUAUUAAUACUGGUUGCUCUAUCAGUUCCAAACUGUUUUUCCCAGAGGUCUAACAAGAACCAUCCCUCUAGUAAGAACCAUAUGAGUUGACUUUGGGACGUAGGGUUUGAGGCUAGUAAUGCACUAAUGCACGAAGUGCCAUUCCCCGAUGGAUGUGAAAAGGUUAUCUCAAACUCAUUAAUAAUUCAUAAGUAAAUUAGCCAACCAUAUUGCUUUAUUUUGUGCACAUGAUAAUACUGGAUACCUGAUGAAGUAUGUUGAUCCUGUCCAAAGACUGGAUCAAAAUUAAUUCAGUCCUUGGACUGGAUUAAAAUUAAUUAACUAGUGAUUUAUUCGUAUGAGAUUUCAUUUCAAAUCCGACAAUGAAGACUGGACUAGAUUUCAAGUCUUCACAUUUUGAUCCAGUUCUCGGCUCGCCUUGGACGUGAUGACUAGAAAUCUAGUCCAGUCCUCAUAGUCGGAUUUGAAAUAUUACAUCUCACUUGCGUGUAAUAAUAUUUGCUAUUCUUAUAUGAAGACUCUUGAAAAACUGAAGAAAAUCGAAGACCAGAUUAAGAACAAGACUGAUAAACAAGAUGGUGAUAUUAUUGGCGAAAUUUCCGAAGUUUCUGCAUAUCAAAUGAGAGAAGGACAACUCCUAUCUGAACAAGAUAAUAAGGAACCUUCUGCUGCGUCACAGAUUUAUGACCAGUUGAAAAGUAGUUAUGCCAACAUUGUGGAACAAGUGACGUCAUCUUCGGAAGACACCGAUCGAGAAUACAAAGAGGUACUUAUAGAUAGAGCGAGGUUUAAGUAGGUAUAAUGAAGCCAGUCAGUCCAUGGGUGGAGAUUCUAUUUAUGUGGAAGUGGCCAAGGAUUUUUCGAACUUUCAGUCAGAAACUCCGGUUUAGACAUCUGGCUCUUCACAUAUCUUUUAGAGUUGGCUUGUACUUCAGGAUUCUUAGUUCAACCUAGUUUCCAAGUUUUGAAGCACACAUUUUGAAUUUGGAGUUAAGCCCUUUAGCUAUGUGGGUAGCGCCGCUCUCUGAUGGUUCCCUAAGUUCUGCAGCCAUAGGUCAGUCAGGCAUACCAGUCAUGUUUAUGGUUCCUACCUUCACAUUACAUGGGAUAACUGAAAUUUAAUUCUGAAAUUUUUCUGUGUCUCGUUUUGUUUUCCAGUUGUAUCUAUGGGCGAAGAACGUUGGUGAAAAUUUCCUUGCACAGAAUUCUGGAAUGGGUGAUGAUGGUGAUGCAAUUGAAGAAUUUGUAACACAGCAUGAAUCACUAAGAUCAGAGACCGGGGUUUGUUGAUAAUCUAGGUCUUCUCAGGCCAUUCCUUUGUGUUUCACUCUUAAGACCCAUUUCUACUCAAGAAAAUUUUCCGCGGAAAGAGAAUUUUGUUGAAUAUUUUCAACUUUUAACAAUGAUAUUUUUGGAAAAUUUUCUGUCAGUGGAAAUUUUUCUUGAGUGGAAAUGGGUUUUUACUACAGAAGAAAACCAGACCAUCCGGAGAAAUCCUCAAACGUUUGGCUGAGCCAAAUUGGAAUCACUCUUUUCACAUGCAACUGAGGUGAAACAAUUAUCAGACUAUUGCAUAUUGCAGGGCUUGAAACCGGGUCACAAAGGGAAAGGCACAUUAAUUGACCUUUGUGCCAUCGACGCCCUUUCUGCCAUCCUAGCAUCUAAUGUUUUGGAAAUAUAUCAUCGUUUUCUUUAUGUAGAAAAUGCAAGAAAAGUGUCAAAACAUUAAAACUGCAGGAGGAAAUUUGGACGUUAACUCGAAUGAAGACGAGGACGACUUGCCAAAUAUGUUAGCAGACUUGGGAAAACGUGUAGACUACAGAAUUGAAAUAGGCAAGCAGUACGCUGGCUUUUGUCGACAAGCGCAUCAGGUAAGAAGACAGUGGAACAAUUUUCAAGUGCGAAAAUUUGGUUUGAGUUUAGGAAUAUCUCUAUGUUUCUAGUCUUACAACUUAAUUACUAAAUUAGCUUUGUUUAUACUGGAUAGCGUCAUAACUUGUAGAGUUUUUCUAAAAGGAGAAAACCUAAAUUAAACAAACCUUGUUUAUACUGGAUAGCUGUAUCAGUUCUGAACUGUUCUCCCUAGAGGUUCAGCAAGGGCAGACCCUUACUGAUUCAGUUUUACUACAGGAGGAAACUGGAAUACCUGGAGAAAACCUGAAGUGUUUGAUAGAAUCCAGAGAAUAGAAAGCACACUGGAGAGAGAAAUUAUAAUUAAAGAACUGUAUGUGUCAAGAAUAGAACCCCUCUCACAGAGGUGAAGCCACACUUAUUAAGCACAUGUACAAUGGCUAGCAAGACACGGUCCUGGUCUAUAAAUUGCCUGAUCAAAGUAUUUUUUUCUUUACAGCUUGUUAUGAAAAUAGACAACCUUGAAGAACAACUAACCAGUGAAGAACCAAGAGAAAAUGUCGAUGCUUCACCCUCCACUAUCCUUCAACAACAACAAAGAAGAGAGAGUAUUAUUUCAAGCUCGGCAAAGACACAAAAGUUGGGACUGACCUUACUUGAUGAACUGAAACGAGUAAGUUUUAGACAAAACGAUGUCAAUUUUGCACUAUAAACAAAUAAAUUAAAUAAUAAGACCUCGUCGUCUUUGUUUUAAUAAAAGAGGGCUCUGAUUUAGUGCACAUACAAUAUUUAUUAUUUGUUUUAAUUGAAGGAACAAAGUGAAGACAGCCUGGACAGAGGGAAUCCAGCAGAAACAAUAAGGAAGUUCCUGCGACAGUUUGAAGAACGAAAUCUCCAUCUUGAUGAGAUAUGGGACGCCAGAAGAGAACAGUUAGAGAGAAACAAAACUUUGAACAAAAAUUUUGGUCAGUUUGAAAAAGAUACACGUGAGGUAAUAACUUGAGUUAAUAAAGGCCCAGAAAAGAAAAUUUUGCAGAAAGAAAAUUUUGUAAAAUGUUAUUGGCCGACACAAAUUUUCCAUCGGAAAAAAAAUUUGAAGUUGAAAAGUUUCAACUUUUAACAAUGAUAUUUUCGGAAAAUUUUCUGACCGUGGAAAUUUUUCUUGAGUUGAAAUGGGCCUUUAUAGACAUUUCGCUGGCUGGCAAUGAAUGGAUCAACUUAUUUACAAUGGGUUGCAUUGUCCGCCUGGAUUUCAAGCUAUUUCGGUCAAUGAAUGAACUAGUAUUAGCAAUAAAAUUAUGAAUCCGUUUAUGACUCAUGUGCAAUGAAUAAGUUAUUAAAGUUAAUAAUGAACUAUUUCUAAAGUUACUCGUUGCUUGCGUGAUUAAAAUAGUUGAGUGAGCUAAUUGAUGAUGUUGUUUAAUAAAUUUUAAUGAUUGUAAGUUGCAGUACAUUUAAUUUUAUAUUUUUUCUCUUAGGUUAUUUCGUGGAUUCAAAGCCAGAGCGAGGAGUUUUUCCAAGUUGAUCUGAACACCAAUCUCUUUCCAAUCAACGCCAAAGAACUGAACAAGCGAUUGGAAAAAUACAAGACUUCUGCAAAGGCAGGUUAUUUACCAAUGCGAUGUAAUGCAAAUGUAAUGUAAAGUAACGUGAUGUCUUGGUUCAUUUAGAUCGCAGAGGAGGCUGUAAAACAACAUCUUGAAGCUGCAGAAAGUUUGGUUUUUGUCGAAAGUGGUGAACAAGCUGCAUUACGUAUUGUCACAGACGAAUUAAAGAUUGUUUAUGAACGUUUCAAAACAUGUCUUGCUGAUUAUGAAGUUUUCUUGUCCAUGUGCUGCACAUUUUAUCAAAGUGUUGAAAGGGUAAGGAUUAAGGAAAAUUUUUGAGAGUAUUAAAUUUAGAAACGUGGUAUGAUGUGAUGUGGUAUAUUGAUGUAUUAAUGAAGUGGUAUAAUAUUGUAUGGUAUGGGUGAUCUAGUGUGGUUUUAUUUGGUAUGGUUGAUAUGAUGUGAUAUGUUAUUGUAUGGUAUGGUAUGGUAUGGUAUGGUAUGGUAUGGUAUGGUAUGAUGGUUAUGGUAUGGUAUGGUAUGGUAUGGUAUGAUGGUAUCGUAUUAAUGUGCUAUUGCGUGGUAUGAUUUGGCUUUGUAUGGUACAGCAUGCUAUGGUGUUGCAUGGUAUGGUAUGGUAUGGUAUGGUAUGGUAUGGUAUGGUAUAGCAAGGUGUGGUAUUGGUAUGGUAUGGUAUGGCAUGGCAUGGUAUUGGUAUUUGAUAUGAAUGGUAUGGUAUAGAAAGGUGUGGUAUUGGUAUGGUAUGGUAUGGUAUGGUAUGGUAUGGUAUGGUAUGGUAUGGUAUGGUAUGGCAAAGUAUGGUAUAUGGUAUGUGGUAUGAUAAGGUAUAAUGUGGUUUGGUAUGAUAUGGUAUGGUCUGUUUUGUUAUGGUUAUAUCCUAAAGUCAUGAUUCAUCACACUCUCUCCAAUUUCUUACAGUUGACGCAAUUGCUGAACAAAAUGGUGGUGAACUUCGGCAGCACAAAGUCGACAUCAGACCUAACCAAAGCUGAGCUAAUGUUACAAGACCACCUGGCCUCGUACGACGCAGUACUAGACCAAUAUAACUUCACUGUACGCUGUGGCCAUGAUAUUUUAACAAAAUCAGAGAAUGAUGCAGCCGUAAGCGUGUCUCGAGAACAGAUCAAGCGUUAUGUGGAUCAGGCUGAUAGCCGCAAGGAGGAAUGGUUGAAUCUCUGGGAGCACCACAAGACGAAACUACAAGAGAGCAUUAAGUUGUGUGAAUUUGAACAAAGAAUUAAUCGGGUAAACUGCACAUUAAAUGAUUUUGAACUAUAUUUAGCGCGCGGCGAGCAUUUUCCUGAAAUGGACUUUCAUCAUGUGGAGUAACCUUAAAUGGUUCAGACACAAACCACGACAGCUUGUUGUAGAAUACCACUUACGUUGGACUUAUCCCCUUAUUUAGGUCAACAUUGAAAUUGAAGAACAUAACAGAGCCUUGCUGGCAGUGAACAACAAAUACGGAGAGAGUUUGAUGGAAUCCGUCUCUCUUUUGAAAGACUCUGAUCUUUACUUGGAAUCUGUAAAGGUUGGGGGACUGUUCUGUUUAAAGCCUAAUCUUAUAUUGGCGUGUUAUGCAUAUAUGUAAAAUUUACUAUAUCACAUACAAUGCAGGGCUUGAAUUUUAUCGCGGCAAUUGCCGUAGAGGGAGACACAACGACGCAAUUGCGGCAACGACAGCGAUUUUUUGCCGUAUAGUGCAAUUUUUAUACUAUUCACUGUGCAUUACUAUUUUGAUACUUGAAUUCAGAUGUUGAUCAAAUUAUGCGUAAAUUACUAUUUUAGUCUCAGUUUUCGUCCAAAAAAAAAACACUAAAGAAAUACGUAAACAUGUUUCCAGCUUGUCAACAAUCCAAAGUAACAAUAAAAUUAAAUUUUUAUUACAAUAAUUUGAAAAAAUGCCGUGGAAACUGCCAAAAUUGCCGUGGACAGCUGUUACGUUCUACGGCAAUUUUUAACGUCAUUGCCGUCGAUUGAUUUCAGAGAAAUUCGAGGCCUGAUACAUUGCCAUGUUUCACCACACUAUACCAUGCCAUGCCAUGCCAUAUGAUACCAACCAUGCCUUACCAUACCAUACCAUACCAUAUUGUAUUUAACAAAUAGAUAAGAUUUUGCCGUUGUCUGUUCAGUUACAGAUGCACAGUAUGACGUCAUAAUGUAGAAAGAACAAAAAAGUGGUUCACAAGCCGCCAAGACGAGUGGGUCACUUUUUUGUUUUUCCCACAUUGUGAUGUGAUACUAUGUAUGUAUCUAUCCUCUAAUAGAUCAUGGCUCUCGACCAAUGAAAGCGCUUGAAUUCUUAAAUAAUGUACCAUAGCACAUCAUGUUAUGCCAUGCCAUGCCAUGCCAUGCCAUGCCAUGCCAUGCCAUACCAUACCAUACCAUACCAUACCAUACCAUACCAUGCCAUACCAUGCCAUGCCAUACCAUACCAUACCAUGCCAUACCAUGCCAUACCAUACCACAAUAUACCAUACUAUACUUUUCCACCACACCACACCACAUGCACUACACCACGUCUCACUCAUAUUUCUCAUAUCCAGCCAUGUGACCUGGCAGUCAAUAAACUGAUGACAGAAGCAGAUGAACUUGUAAGAGAGAAACAUCAUGAUGCUGUGAACAUUCAAAGAAAAGUUUCUUCAGUUGAGAAAAGAUGGCAAAGAUUUCUCACCAAUGUCGAAGAGUACAGAGGACUGUUGGAAGCUGCAGUCGAGUUUUACCAACUCCAGGAACAAGUAAGCUACAAACACAAAGUUUAACUUUUUACGAACUUUUAUUAACGAGGUAUCUUUUAUAAGCUACCGUGGUUUGUGUCUGAAGCUCCUGAAACUGGUGGGUCCGGUACAGGUAGUAUUCUUCUGAAAACGAUCUCAAACUAGUGGGUUUAGUGUAGACAGAAUUAUUCUACAAUAAACUGCCGUAGUUUGUAUCUGAACUGCCUGAAAAAUAUAUGUGCAGGUGCAGUGUAGGCAGUAUUCCACAGUAAGCUGCCGUGGUUUGUGUUUGAACUUCUUGAAAAAGAUAUCUCAAACGUGGUGGUGCAAUGUAGGUAGUAUUCCACAAUAAGCUGCCGUGGUUUGUGUUUGAAGUUCUUGAAAAAGCCAUCUCAAACGUGGUGGUGCAAUGUAGGCAGUAUUCCACAAUAAGCUGCCGUGGUUUGUGUUUGAACUUCUUGAAAAAGAUAUCUCAAACGUGGUGGUGCAAUGUAGGCAGUAUUCCACAAUAAGCUGCCGUGGUUUGUGUUUGAAGUUCUUGAAAAAGCCAUCUCAAACGUGGUGGUGCAAUGUAGGCAGUAUUCCACAAUAAGCUGCCGUGGUUUGUGUUUGAACUUCUUGAAAAAGAUAUCUCAAACGUGGUGGUGCAGUGUAGGCAGUAUUCCACAAUAAGCUGCCGUGGUUUGUGUUUGAACUUCUUGAAAAAGAUAUCUCAAACGUGGUGGUGCAAUGUAAGUAGUAUUCCACAAUAAGCUACCGUGGUUUGUGUUUGAAGUUCUUGAAAAAGAUAUCUCAAACGUGGUGGUACAGUGUAGGUAGUAUUCCACAAUAAGCUGCCGUGGUUUGUGUCUGAGCUAUCUGAAAAAGACAUCUCAAAGUGUUGUACAAUAAUAAAUUGUAUCUCAAACGUGUGGGUCCAGUGUAACAGUAUUCUACAAUAAGCUGCCGUGGUUUAUGUCAGAAGUUCCUGAAAAGGUGAACGUCCGUUUUUAUUUUGUAGUCCGAGACAUGGCUGACAGACAGCGAGCAUUGUGUAAACACAACGCGAACAGAUGCAAAAGAAUGUCACUCGGAAGACGAGCUUAUUAAACAGCUUCAAAAUCUUGUCGAAUUUAUGAAACCUGGCUGUGAACGCCAAGAUGGCCGCGUCUUGAAACUCGGGGAACUGGCAUCGAAGAUAGGUGUCGAGGAGCAAAGAAAGCAAGUGAGAGACCUGGUGACGAAACAUAAACGGAUCUUAUUAUUGUUCAAGCGACUCGAGCAAAAAUUACGACGCAUGGCAGAUGAAAUUCGAUUGUGCGAAGCAGAAGGCCGAGAAAUCCAGGUUAGAAGCCUAGGUUUUCUGCCUCAUAUGUAAACUAUUAUCCCUAAAGGUGUAAUAACGAUCACCCCUUACUGAUCUAGAAAGUCCCAGAGUCAGGCUAGCAGUGCUUUUCUCAUAUGCGACUGGGGCGAAAUUAUCACAGGAAAAAGAAGUUAAAUUCUGUUAAUGGAUUUUUGAAUGUAAACACUGAAUUCUUACCAGUAUUGGUUAUUAUAGAUUUCCCAUAUGGUAAAUUAGCAAACACCAUAAUGUUUAAUAUUUACCAGGAAAAUACCAUUAAUAGUAAAUAUUAAACAUCAUGGUUUUUACAAAUUUACCACAUGUAAAAUCUAUAAUAACCAGUAAGAGUUCAGUUUUACAUUAAUAGUAUACAUGGUAAAUCUUUAAAUACCAUUCAAAAACCCAUAAAAUUUUGAAAAACGGAAAAAGUGUAUAAUCCGACAAUUACAAACAAUUACAUAUUGCUAGAAUUGAACCCUGGUACAAAGGUGAAAGGCAUAUCAACUUACACCAUACUCUACAAUCUUUUUAUUUGCAGUUUGAAAUGUCAAGUCCUGAAGCAUCUGAUGACGAAAUCCUUUCCAGUAUCCAUGAUACAUCUCUGCCGGAUCUCAGUUCCGAGCCUGUGUUCGGUUACACUACAGCCAGCGGUCAGCCAGUUGUCAUGACAGUGGAUCGCGUCAGUACUUUUAAACGAAAAUCAGAUGAAAACUUGGAAGAGAGUCUGGGGUAUGGCAAAAAGCCCCAGGUUGUUGUGAGCGUCCGAACCGAGAGGUAAUAGGGAAAAUAAAUUAAUACUCCAUUGCUAGUUUAAAGUGUUCAGUGACUACAAGCAAUGCCAAUCUUCAGUGUUUCAGGGCUUUCAAAGUAUAUCCGGCAUGCGUUGCAAGGUUAUCACCGGCGUAUUGCAUUUAUCACAUUUAACCGUUGGCAAGAGAAUGGCUAGAACAAGCACAUGAAGCGAUUUUGUACAUUACACUAUUGACUAGAAAGAAAAAAUAGGCUACAUACAGUAAAAUGAAAGAGUAAUUUUUGUUAGAAAUGUUUUCGCUGUUAUAGAGGUGUCGUAUUAGGGUAGUGUCCAUAUUAGAGAGAUUUCCGCAUCAGAGAGGUGUCCAUAUUAGAGAGAGGUGUCCAUAUAUGAAAGGUGUCCGUAUUAGAGAGAUGUCUUUAUUAGACAGGUGUCCGUAUUAGAGAGUUGUCCAUAUUAGAGAGAUAUCCCUAUUAGAGAGGUUUUCGUAUUGGAGAGGUGUCCGUAUUAGAGAGAUGUUCGUAUUAGAGAAGUGUCGGUAUUAGAGAGGGGUCAUAUUACAAAAGUGGCUGUAUGGAGAGGUUCGAUGAUCAAAUAUAUAACUUCAGUUCCUUUAUCUGUCCAGGUCUGUCGGGCCUCAAGUUGAGAGGCAGAUGGGACCAAUUGUGGACUCCGAGAUACAACGCUGGAUUCCAGAGGAUGCAGAGGGUUCUCCAGAGCGAGAGGUGGUGUUACGUAUACAAGACCAGAUCCACGAAAGUUCUCCAGAGUAUUGGCCGACCGAGGGAAACGAGGUUGUUAAAAUGGAAGUGGGGCCAUCUGUCACGGAGGGCCCUAUUUUUAGACAGCAUGUUGAAGUGGAGACGAACCUUGCUGUGGAAACAAGCCCUAAGGUUCUAACAAGGUAGGUGUGGAUUACUAGAAAGAUAUUACCAUAUACUAUACUAUGCCCAUAAUACGACCACACCUUACCGUACCAUGCCGUACCAUUCUAUACUUUACCAUACAAAAUACAAAAUGCAAAAUGCAAAAUGCAAAAUACAAAAUAACUUAAUUAAUAACUUAAUAGCUUAAUAACUUAAUAGCUUAAUAACUUAAUAGCUUAAUAGCUUAAUAACUUAAUAACUUAAUAACUUAAUAACAAUUUUAUUUUUGUUAGCCAUGAAGAUGGAGAAAGAACAGAGUUCACACGAAAACGUACAUGGGAAACCACGACACGCGAGACAGUCUCGAGUGUGAAGAAAGAAACACGAACAGAACUCGAAGUAUUUGUGGUGGAGAAAUCUCGUAGAACCGGGGAUUAUAUAUCGGAAGAUGAACCCACUACAGAACGAUUAGACAUCCAGGUUAAAUCAAGUACGGUAUUACCUACAGAUAGACCUGCACAAGCCCUCGAACCUGAAGGAAGUGACCAGCAUACCGAACUGGUUAUUGUUGAAGGACAGUUUAAACAACCUGUAGGCUUGGAAGAAACUAAACACGAAAUUCAACAGUCGAACGAGAAGAUUUGUUUAAAGAUUGAACAUACCUUGGGACAGAAAGGAAGGUAAAUGUUAAUUUUAUUGUCAAAACAUUACGCAUUAUGCAAUAGACAAUUCCUAUUAUAGACUAUUUUUUAUCUUGGCAAAAAAAGUAUAUUCCCAGAAAGAGCAUACUAAAAUGAGUAAAAUUGCAAAAUUUGGUUGCGAAAUGUUGUAAAAUGCGGAAAAUAUAGCCUUGCAAAGUUCGCAAAUUUUGUAUACUUUUGUAUUGCGUGCGGAAAUUGCUACCACAUUUGGGCCGAAAAUGGUAGCAAUUUCCACACGCAAGACAAAAGUAUACAAAAUUUGCAAACUUUGCAAGGCUAUAUUUUCCCAAUUUAACAACAUUUCGCAACCAAACUUUGCAAUUUUACUCGUUUUAAUAUGCUCUUUCUAGCUGUGGUGAUUUAUUUGCAUCUCCUUGCGUAGUUUUAAAAUUAGUGUGUAAUGAGAAUUGUCUAUUGUAGGACUAUUAUGAUAUCGCUUCAGGCGCAUGUGAGGUGUAGCAAGACAUGCUUUAUUAUAAUAUUCUUUCCACAGUUCUUCCUGUUUCAUUGGGUACUCCAGGUUUAUCCUGUAAUAACACUUGAUCAACAACAGAUAACCCUUGUAAUGUAACAUUUGUUUUAUGUUUCAGACACGAUGUGACUCCUUCAGACCGAGAACUCUCCGUUCCCCACAGUGCAGGUACAGUAAGUGUCUUUCGUUCUCCACCCACAACACCCUCGCCUGAAUUGAUAUCCCAAAGUCGAACACAAGAUGAAGUAUUCACCUCGCCUGAGCCAAAGUUUGAUCCAGUUGAAAUCAUGGUUCAUCUGCCGGACUCUGCUGACCAGGAACAACAUGCCCGCGGAAAGUUUAAUGAGAUUUUGGAAGAUCUUAUUGAAAGUGAGAAGAAUUAUGUCAAGUCACUUGGAAAUGUGCAGGUAUAUGGUUGUGUAGAAGAGUUACUAUCGUGGAGCAGAUGGUGGUCAACCACUUAAAACCACCAAUACAGUGGCGAAAGAAAAUUAUAUGAAAAAUUCUCGCAUUUUACGUACUCAGCAAAAUUGCAUGGUUGCUUCGAUCCUUGUACUCUGUCUCAUUGAUCUCUAAUUCGAUCUCUUCUGUCCUCUGUUUUCUUUUAUAUCCUAUAUAAUAAUGUCUCUGACCAACUCUCCUUCAUUUCUUAUCACGUGCCCAUACCAUGUGAAUCUGACUUCCCUCACUUUCUCUGGAAUAUAUGCCACCCCACAUCUUCUUCUGAUCUUUUCAUACAGUAAUGUCUUUCAUCAGUUUUCUUUCAUCUCUUUUUAUAAGUGUCCAUACCAUAACAAAUUUGCUUCCCUCACCUUCUCUGCAAUGUCUACCACCCCACAUCUUUUGGUGUUGCAUCCUUUUGUAUUGUAUCUUCUUCUGAUCUCUUCAUCCAAUAAUACCUCUGACCGUUUUCUUUUGAUCUCUUUUUAUAACAUGUCAAUAUCAUCACAACCUUGCUUCUUUGUAAUGCAUACCACCUUACUUUUGAACUCUUCAGUCUUUGAUGAAUCUGACCGGCUCUCCUUCAAUACUUCUUAUUACGUCUCCAUAUUAUCUGGCGCUAAUUUAAAUGGGCUGAAUGUAUUAUUCGUAUGUAAUUAUAAAUUGUCCCUUAAUCUCUAUAUCCUCUCAAUUUCUUUCCAUAGAAAUACAUGGCUGAAGUAAAAGACUCCACUGAGCUGAGCCCCGAUGCAAAGGAAUCCAUCUUUAUGAACAUAGAUGAAAUUGAAGAUUUCCACAAAACGUAAGAGACGUGCGUUUUAUAUGAGACUCUUAUCUAGACACUGAAAAAAGUACACUUGAAACACAUGUGUACACUUAAAGGUACACGUUUACACUUGCACACUUUAAGUAAACUUGUAUUUCUCUGUAAAUAUCCCGUUUUAGUUUUGUUAUUGAACUGCAAAAUUGUCAGAAAACGCCGUCAUCAGUUGGAAAGGCAUUUGUGAACUCGGUAAGAUUUUGCGUUCGAGUUUUGUUUAAGUAUUUUUAAGCAAGUACGCCGAGUUAAAAUGCAUGACAAGUAACUAUUGUAUAUUCAUUUAAUUGUUUUCCUAGAAAAACGAACUUCAACGAUACCUUACAUUCCGAGAAAAGAAACCUGAAUCAGAUUUAGUCCUUUUGUCAGUACCAACGUCUUUCUUCCAGGUAUGUACCAUUUUUUUCGGAAUUUAUUUCACAAGCUUUCGAUCCGUAAGCGACAAGGACUUUAUGAUGAGGUCGUAGUUUUAACCCAGGUUUAACCAAGCUUUGAACAACAGGGCCCCAUUUAUAUUUCAUUUUCCCUUUUUAAUCUCUUUGUAGAAAUUGCUUUCCAAGACUCACAUUCCUUCACUGGAAUCUAUUCUGGAGGAACCAAUCAAAAGGAUUUACGCAUACAGGACGUAUCUUACACAACUUGUACAGUGUGGAGAAUACUUUCCUGAGGAUUGCUCUGAGAUAAAGGUUAGGAGUUCGGUUACGAUUACGUAAACAGUAGAGUAAAGUACAUACUGGAUAGCUGCAUUAGUUCUAAACUGUUUUUCCUAUAUUUGUUUAUCCUUCAUUGGUCCAUUGUUCUGCAGGAGGAAACCUAAACUAAACUGUAUAGCUCGAUCAGUUCUAAACUGUUUUCCCUAGAGGUCUAGUAAGGGUCAUCCUUUAUUGAUCCACUAUUACUACAGGAGGAAACCUAAAAAUUUAUACUGGAUAGCUGCAUGAGUUCUAAGCUCUUCUCCCUAGGGCUCGAUUAGGAGCCAUCCUUCAUUGGUUCAGUGUUACUAACAGGAGGGAAAUGCCGAACUGGCAUACCUGGAGAAAAUCUGCUGUGCUUGUUGGAGUUGAAGUGAAACCACCCUUCUCACAUGCAAUUGAGACGAAAUUAUAAUCAAACUACAUAUUGCAAACGAUAUAUCCACUAUAGCACUAAAACAUACUCACGCUAUUUACUUUAACAUUUUAUUUAGAAAGCCAAAGACAUCAUUGACGCCAUAAUAAUUCGAAUGGAGAACCCCAAUGGGUAAGGAAAAUUUUUGCUUUAAUAACAAAAACAAACACGUUUCAUUUCGAGAAAGUAAAAAGGCAGAUGCUACAAGACAUUCAAAGGCUUGAAACGGUUUCUUUCAGAUCCUAAGCCCAAUCAAUGUGUUACCUAUCUUUUUCCCUAAUAUUUCUAAUGUUAUAUAUCUAUCUUUUUUAUCUUUUUACAGCACUGUUAUUUUAUAAAGAAUUUUUCUUUCAAUUUUAGUGAAGUGAUGGAGCUUGAUAUUCCCAGUAAGAAACAACCAAUCACGAUGAACUUCAAGGGAAGAUCCCCGGAUGAGCUGUCAGUGAAGCAAGGUGAUCAGGUGGCCAUACUGAAUGUCCCUGCAAAAUCCGACGACCGUGUGUAUAUUGUGAAAUUCCGUGGUGAUGGAACAGAAGAGUCUAGAGGAUGGAUCCCAAAAUAUGUUUUGGAGUCAGAAAAACAAACGCCUAAAGGUUAGUAAUGGGAUACAUUUGACAUUUUAACAGUAGCAGGUAACCAUAACCAUACGGCAACCAGAUAUAAUACUGUAUAAGUCAAGUUUCGAUAGGGAUACUACAACGAGAUAUAAUACUGUCAAUUUUUUCAAUCAUGUACUCCAAAGUAACGAGACAUGUCUGUUAACAGUAGUCACAAUAUCUUCCUUCUUGAAUGCUUUUUAGAAGCUCCCAAGCAAGACAAAUCUACUGCAGAAACCAUGAAACCAGUCGGUUUCCCCGAACAAACGAUCCAGAUAGCACUAGAUGAACCAGUAGAAAGUUCUCUACCAAACAGCGACGAGCCAAGAUCGGGCGAGAUUGCUUUUAAACCUGUGACCAUAUCAGUACCGCUUCCUGAAGAUGUACAGCCUAGCCACCUUAACAUAGAACCGGUAUCAUUCAUAGAACCGCUCAAAAACGUUGAUGCCAUCGAAGGUGAUGACGUCACAUUUGAUUGCGUCAUUUCCGGUUCACAUCCACUCGGCAUUCAGUGGUACAAAAAUAAGAACCCCAUUCAAAGUGAUGAGCAAAAAUACUUCACGGAAGUCAAGAAUAACGAACUUAAGUUGAUUGUAAAAGAUGCUACUCCGGAUGACAUCGGGGAUUAUCGGUGCACUGUCGGGAACGAUCGUAGUCAAGCGUGUAGUGAUGCCCACUUGAGUGUAAAGCCUAACCCUUCAACCUGGACCCCACCAGAAUUUGCCAAAGUACCACAAGAUGUAGUGUCCAUUGCAGGAAAUACUGUCAAAUUUGAAGCUAAGAUUUCUGGCCGACCAGAACCUGAGGUAUUAUGGUUGAAAGAUAAUAAACCAGUACAACCAAGCACCAGGCAUCAAAUUAUAGACGAAGAUGGCGUCCAAAGCUUGGUUAUAACGAACUGUACGCCAGACGAUUCAGGCGAGUACACCCUUGAAGCAAGGAAUGAUGCUGGUCUUUCUACUUGUCCUUUUACACUCACUUUAGAAGAUGACACUGUUCUACCAAAAUUCAUCCGAAAACUACAUGAUACAACGUUACCAACCGGAAGCCCUCUUGAACUCACUACAACUUUUGUGGGAACACCAGAACCGGAAGUGACGUGGUUUUUAGAUGGUGAAUCGCUGGUGACAAGCCCCGGAUGCGGAGUGGUGACAGAGGAAGGAACGUCGAAGUUGCUGAUUGGUCAGGUGGAACCGGAAGACGCAGGGAAUUAUAAGUGUGUUGCACGCAACAACGUAGGGAAGGCAGCAACGGGAUGUAGUGUGGCUGUUGAAGAUCUCAUGCCAGGUAACCAAUAUGUUCACUCCGUUGUAAGUUACGCCUUGAACUGCCGAGCAAGUGGUCAUUACAUGUACUUCACAUCUCUGACCAAGGUUUGACUCCUGUAUUAUGCGGUUGUCUGAUUAUAAUUUCGCCUCCGUCAAAUGUGAAAAUAGUGCUUCCAGUUUGCUUCCAGACAUUGCUCUGCUACGAGUAGUCUCGUUUCCUCCUGUGGUUGAGCUGGACAAUAAGCAAUAACCAUUACCGGAUUUUAAUGGGAAACAGUUUAGAAUGUUACAGCUAUUCAGUAUAAAUAAAGUUAAUUUAGUUUAUGUUACCUCUUUUAGUAACACUGAAACAACAAGCAAUAACAAUUACUUGAUCUCUAGGAAGGACAGUUUUAAACUGAUAGGCUAUCUAGUAUCAAUAAAGUUAGUUUAGUUUAGGUUACCUUUUGCAGUAGCACUGAAACAAUAAUAAGCAAUAACCAUACUUAUAUCAUUACUUAGAUGAAGCUACUGAAACACCAGUGCCAGGAAAAGCCGUCGAGGUUCCAGUAAUGAUAGUCGACUUGGAAAGCAAUCCAGAAAAGACAUCCAGAGAUGGUAAAGACCAUGUUGCACCGAGAUUUAUCAAGCCAUUAAAGAACUGCCAAGUUUUUGAAAACGAAAAUGUCAAGCUUGAGGUUAUUGUUGAAGGAUUACCAAAGCCAGACGUUCGCUGGGAAUUCGAAGGAAAACCACUUGUGGAAAAUGAUUGCGUAUUUACAGAAAAUGAAGGAAAUGUCUUCAGGUUUGUGUGUCCAAAACUUUUAUAUUAAACUAAACUGUAGGAUAGCUUUAUCAGUCCUAAACUGCCCUAUCUAAAGGUCCAGUAUAAGGGCCAGACCUUACUGAUCUAGUGUUACUACUGUGGUGACAGGAGUACUAAAAUGUUCUGCCUAGAGGUCCAGCAAGAGCCAUUCUUCUAUGGUACAGUCUAAUUCUUGUUUGUUAUUUUCUUCAGGUUAAUCGUAAAGAAAGCUGAUUUAGACCAUGAAGGGGACUACACGUGCAUUGCUUCAAAUGAGGUCGACACUUGCUCAAGCCAUUGCGAGAUGCUCGUGGAAGAAUUACCCUCUACUCUUCGCUUUAAGAAACCGCUUUCUGAUUCAGAAAUUGUACCGAAUAAAGAAGUCGAGUUAUCCAUUGAAAUCGAGGGCCUGCCUUCUGUCGAGGGACAACAGCCUUCUGUGAUCUGGUUUAAGGACGAGGUGCCAGUUGAGGAUAUCUCAAAGGAUGGAGCGACAUCAAAAUAUGAAAUGGAUUCGAAGGAAGGCAGAUAUACUCUGAAGUUCACUCCAACUGGGGUUGAAGACGAAGGGAACUACAAGGUUGUUGUACAAAACAGAGAAGGACAAAACAGCAGUGUUGCAAAGUUGAAAAUACCUGAAGGCGAAACUCCUCACACUGAAGCACGGAUCCAAAGACUUGAAAUCCAACAAGAUUUUGAGUUCCCAGAAAUAAUAUUCGAGAUUAAGAACGAACCAGAGUUUGUGUCAGUUCCAAGAGAUAUUACCGUAAAUGAAAACGAUAAAGUAUUGCUACGGUGUUCUGUGGCAGGAAACCCUGUGCCAGAGAUAAAGUGGUUUAAUGAAAAGAAAGAGGAGAUACCUGAGCAAGGACGGGUUCGGCAUGAAACUAAAGAUGGCUACAGUUCGUUGAUUAUUGAUGAUGCUGAUCUUAACGAUGAAGGGAUUUAUACUUGCACUGCUUCAAAUCCAUCAGGAGAGGUUUCUACCACAGUUGAAUUGCUAGUUGAUGAGGUGCAACCGGAUAUCAAGCCUUUGGCAAAGCCUGAUUUGGGAGACAUUCCUGUUAUAGUCGAAGAGGUCGACAGAGUCUACAUGGAACCCGCUGAGAAAGAGCUAAGGUAAUACUAAUAGCGGAAACUUUAGCCAGUGUAGGUAGCUACGAUACUGAGAGAGAUACAAUUACUGAUCUAAAAUAAUGGAUAGUGCAUGUGCUGUGCACAAGUGAAGCCAAUGGCGGCCAUAUUGGAUGGCCCAACCAUUAAUCUAAUCUGGUGUUGUGGACAUGUUUAACUCUUCCUUUAUGUUUCUAGUCACUAAUGGGAAAGGACAAACAUUGCCUAGAUAAGAAUUUAUCAUCAGUAGCCUCUCUUUUUUCCCAAAUUUGCCGGUGAAUAACUAAUGACCAUCAAAUAUGGCCGCCAUAAGCCUCAGUAUGUGGUGUAUAAAACGUUCUAAAACUAUUUCAAAGAGGUUUUGGAAGCUAUAUUUCACAAGUCACAUAGGCGAAGUUAUUUGCUUUAUGGUCUAACUGAACUUGAACAGCAAACGAUUAGACUGGCCAUGAAUUUGACUGAUUUAUAAAUUUCGUCUCAUUAAAAUAUUCUGGCUUCAAAAUCGGGUUACUGAAUUCAAUAGGAUGCUUCAUCCAGUCCUUAUUUCAGAUCAGUGGAUGCAACUAGCUGCAAAAUAUAAGCAAAACUUCGACGUUUUGAACGAAGGCACUUCGUCGGGAAAUUGCAUAUCUUAAUCCGCAGCUGUCCAGUACCAACCAGUGACGAUCCAGUGUUAAGAAUGUGUCUUUGUUGUUUUACUGUUCUGUAUACCAUCUUACAUUGACCGUAAUACCUUUUAGAUUUACUAUUGAUACAGAGGACGGAGGAUUUCACAAAGUCCCCACCUCAGAUAUGCGACCUUCAACCCCAAUACCCGAGGAUAUCAUACCGCUACGCGAGACCCCACGCGAGGUGGUCACGAAGCCACGCGUCGAAACCAUACGUGAUACAUAUACCGCUGAUGGACAGAACACAUGUCUCGCUGUCGUGGUUCACGGACCUCCAGACACAGUUAAAUGGCUGAAAGAUGGUGUACCUUUGGAAGACAACACAAAAUAUAAGACCCAAUUUAAUGACCAAACUGGUCUGUACGAACUUAUAAUCCACGACUCUGAGCCGACCGAUUCCGGAGAAUACCGAUGUGUAGCCACCAAUUCCAAAGGCCAAGAUUCUUGCCCAAUUAAACUCGAUAUUCAACCGUUAUCUGGGCCACCGAAGUUUCUCCGAGCGCUUCGCGAUGCCGAAGUGUUGUCUGGCACGUCAGUCAAGUUUAUUGUAGAAGUCGUGGGUAGUCCUACUCCUCAAGUGAGCUGGUGUAAAGAUGGGUUACCUGUGGUGGACAGUGAGAAGUACAGUGUUGAAAGUAAUGGGAUUACGUAUUGCUUGACUGUGAAAUAUUGUAAGGUAAGAACAUUGGUGUAGCAGGAAUACAGGAAUGUUUGAUGCAUUUUCACCUGUAUUCUAAAUGCUCACUCACACUCAAGGAGUGGAGGUUCAUUCUGAGCUUCCCUUGAGUGUCAGUGCAGUUUUUGAAUAGCUGGAGGGUGAGUCUCGUACCUUACCAAGUGACUACUCACCCUCUAGCUAUCCAAAACAGCACUGACACUCAAGGGAAACUUAGAUUGAACCUCCACUCUUUAAGUGUGAGUGAGCUUUUAGAAUACAGGCGUUAAUGUCGUAACUUACUCUAGGACUACUCACCCUCCAGCUAUUCACUGAGACUCAAGAGAAGCUCAGAUUGAACCACCACUCUUUGAGUGUGAGUAUGAGUGAGCUUUCGGAAUACAGGCGUUAGUUCCACAACCAUAAGCAUAUACCGCGAUAUAUAUAUUCUUGGCUGAGGUAAGGACCAGUGAAAUGAGUAUAAUUGGAACGCUACCUCCAACCCGAAAUUUGACAGCCGUUUCGCUAUUUCUAAAUGGGUACGUAGCCGGUAUUGUAAAUUUUAGAAUGCGGGUAGUACCCAUGCUAGGUAUAUACCUCAGCAUCCUAAUCGCAACCCCCAACCCGACCCUAACCUCUAACCUCUAGAACCUAACCCCUAAAGGGGUUUUGACGUCCCCCACCCCGCCAACCGCCAGUUAUGGUCGGUUUUAUUUGUAAGUAAAACUUUGGCCUAAUGCUUGUGGUUUUGUCUUCAAUUCAGGUAGCUGAGGUAUAUACCUAGCAUGGGUAUUACCCGCAUUCUAAAAUUUAGAAUUACGGAUAUGUACCCAUUUAGAAGUAGCAAAACGGGUGAAUUUGAAGCCGAACUUGAAGGCCAGUCCCAGUCUUUAAACUGCCCGGUUUAAAAUUUACAAAAAAACAGCUUUUUAACAGCGCUCAAAGCUUUCUAUUAAUGCAGCUCCAUUCUGCAUGGAUUCAGCCCCAGUCUCAAAACUGAAAGACUAGUGCUGUGGUUCGGAGCCGGAGAGACGGAGUUUGGCCUAUUUUGCCGGAGCUGGAGCCGAAGUUUGUUCAACUCCGGCAAAACUCCGGCAGCACUUAUUUGUGCUACAAACUACUGUCGGACAUCGGCGAAAAAACCCUGAAUCCAUCGACGAAAAAGUAAAUACUCGCAUUGAUACUGCGUAGGCUUGCCACAAACAUAGUACGAAAUGUUCAUGGGAAGUGUUAAAAAUCAAAAACAAAGAUAGUGCUUUGUUUUAAGUUUGCACAGCAUUAUGAAAGACACAUACACUAAUCUUUGCACUUUAAUUAAACAAUGCAUUAACUGAUGUGUCAGCAACGUAUUUAUUUAGGUCACAGACAGUGGGGAAUUCAAAUGUGUAGGUGAGAACUCCGUGGGUAUAGUAGAAUCUUCAGCCGCACUGACAGUAUCAACCAUGCCCUUACAACCUCCUUCAUUCGAAGACAAACCGGAGGACACUGCAAUUGAAAUCCUCGAACAAGGCGAUAUAAAACUUGAGGCGACCAUUGUCGGACGACCUAAACCUAAAGUUGAAUGGUUUAAAAACGAGCAGCCCUUGAAAGAGAAUGAACAUUAUAAGAUAGAGCAACACGAUGAUACGUAUAAGUUGAUCAUAGUGGGUGUGUCCAAAGAUGAUUCGGCGUCGUAUAAAUGUAUUGCAACGAAUACUGGAGGGAUUGCAGAGAGGACUUAUCAUGUUGAUAUCGAAGGUGGGUUAUCUGGUAUUGCUUAGAGAGUUUGAGCAAGACAACGAAGUACGAAGACAUACGUACUUCACAAUUUUAGCCUGUCUGCAUAUUAUCCUGCGCAUAUUGAGUUUGAGGUCACUGGUGGUAUCUCAACGUGUUCUUCCCGUUAUAGAUUCAUGUCUCACUGUUUAUGAAUACUGAUCGUAAUCCUUACCCUGACCCAGACAAAACAGCGACACAUGAAGCUCUUUCCAGUGUUUGUUCUUCUGUCUUCCUUCGGAACGAAGUUCGCGACGAAUUUUGCCAAAAUAUUCGCAUGUCUUUCUGUUUUGUCCGGGUAAAGAUUACAGUCAAUAUUCAUAAACAGCGAGACAUGAAUUUAUAAUACCGGAUUUUUUACCGGAUUCGCUUAUCACGACAUCGAAUUUAACAGUCACAGGGAUAUUUUGACGCUUGAAAUUGCGAUAAUAUGACAACAUAAAACGAAAACUGUUAAAGGAAGAAAUUUUGUGGGCAGACAUUACUCUUGAACUGUAUAUAUUGAUGUCGUAACACUACACCACAUAGCUCUAUCAGUUUUAAACUGUUCUUCAUAUCAUCUCUUAUUGCUACUCCUGCAGUUACUAAACGCUAUAUAGACCCAUUGCACUGACGUCACAGAUCCUUAGAGUGUCCUCCAGAUGCUCCCUAACAAUAUCUGUUCGGGUACAACAACCACAUACAGCGCAAAAAUUAACAAUUUUAAUACAAAAUUAUUAUAAACAUUUACAAAAUUUGCUUUGUUUACAAAAGUUAUAUUAUGCAUAGAUUGCUAAUUUGUCCUCCAGAUGCAUCGUCACCGGCGCUGUGACGUCAUGUGCAAUGGGUCUAUUCCACUGUUAUUGAGGAUAUACGAGAAAAUAAUCUAUUUUUCAUUUUAGCUAAAAGUGGACCACCAGAAUUUGUAGAAACAUUGAGCAACGUUGAGGUCGUUCCCGGAGAACAAGCGCGUCUUGAAUGUCAGUUGGGAGGAUCGCCUGCAAGCAAAAUUGAAUGGUUUAAAAACAACAAACUUUUAAAAGAAAACGAUGCUAUUAAAUUCAAGCUGACGGAUGACGUGUGCGCAUUGCUUAUACCAAAUGUAACUCCAGACGAUAGCGGGGUAUAUCGAUGUGUUGCCACGAACGAUUCCGGAAGCACUACGACAACAGCCGAACUUUCAGUCGAGGAACCCGAUUCUAAGUUGAAUUUAGUUCCAAGCUCUGUUGAGGAAGUUAUGGCUGAACCCAAUGUCGAUGUCACAGAGCCGGAAAUGGCGCCAGUGUUUACAGAGGAAGCUCAAGACGGCUCAGUAACUGUUUUGGACGGGGGAAACGUACGACUCGAAGCAAGGAUCGGGGGAGUUCCUACCCCAGUGGUUGAAUGGUUUAAAGACGAGACACCUGUUGACAUUGGGGAACAUUUUGUGAAGAUCGUGGAUGGUGAUAGGCAUUGUUUGGAUAUAGUUCAUGUGUCCCCCACCGACUCAGGGACGUAUAAAUGUGUUGGAACUAACAAUCUGGGAACAGUUACGAGGGUCUACAGCCUGGAUAUUGAGGGUAAGCAAUUGUUUUGUUAUACUUGCUAAAUAAAGAUAUUUCUACGCAUGUCAGGUCAGUCGUGCCAGCUGUACGAUAUUUUGAAGCGAGUUGUCUAGACUAGAUAUGUACAACUAACAUAAAAUACUAAAACGACUGCUUACUGUAGAAUGCUAUUUACACUGGAUUUCAGACUCAAACAUGGCAAGCUCAUAUAGAAUACUACUUACAGUGGACCCCACGUUUGAGAUCUUUUCGAGGGAGGUAGUUCAGACAUAAACUACGGCAGUUCAUCGUAGAAUACUACCUAUACUGGAACACCACGUUUGAGAUAUCUUUUUCAGGUAAUUCAGACAAAAACUACGGCAGCUUAUCGUAGAAUACUACCUAUACUGGACCACCACGUUUGAAAUAUCUUUUUCAGGUGGUUCAGACACAAACCACGACAGCUUAUUGUAGAAUAUUAUACCUCCACUAGAUCACCACAUUUGAGAUAUCUUUUUCAGGUAAUUCAGACACAAACCACGGCAGCUUAUUGUAGAAUACUACCUACAAUGGACCACCACAUUUGAGAUAUCUUUUUCAGGUAGUUCAGACACAAGUCACGGCAGUUUAUUGUAGAAUACUGCCUGAUCCACAGCUUUAGUUUCUUCUUGUUUCAUUAGGUAAAGAUGAAGAUGACACUGAUGCUUCUUCGCUCCCCCCUGAACCAAGGCAACCUCCGUCCUUCAUUGAAAACCUCAAACCUCAAGAAGUGAGACAAGGGAGCACUUUAAAGCUACCAUGUCGUCUCUCUGAACUGUCUUCUACUGAACUCAAUUGGUUUAAAGACAACAAACCUUUAGAAAUGGACUCUAGGAAAACAGUCACAACUAAAAACGACACUUGUACUUUGGUUAUUUCUGGAGUGAGCCCACAGGACGAGGGAGAGUAUAAACUUAUUGCUACUAAUAAUAACGGGCAAUGUGAAUCCAGUGCGUCCGUUUUGGUAAACGAGUCCAUUAAGGCCCCACGUUUUACAACAACCUUGCAACCGCUGACCAUCAAAGAAGGCGAGGAUGCUCAGAUGGUUGUCAGGGUAACGUGUGAACCGGAAGUGGCAUGGUACCGAGAGGAGAGUCUUAUUACAGAUGAUGAACGGUUUGUAAUAGUCGACGCGCUUGAUGGUGAUGAUAAAUAUUCGCUGGUCAUAGAGAAUUGUAAACCAUCUGAUACUGGGGUGUAUAAAUGUAUCGCGAGAAAUGCCGUUGGAGAGACGGAAUGCUCCGCUCCUAUGAACGUUUUGCAAAAACCACGUGUUUCCAAGCAAACAGGCAUUGAAGAGUUAAAAAAUGAACCAGGUGGGUGAAGUAUAUUGAAGACGAAUCGGCAUCUACUAGCUAUAGACAUCCAUAAUAAAUUUCGUAAACCUCGAAUCUCGUGCGCAAUCUCAGAGUCGGUUGUUCAAAGCUAGAUUAGAGUUAAAAUUUACCUUCCUCUUCUGGUUUGUGUAUUUGUGCAUAUCUGUUUUUCUCGGAAUUUUUUAAAAUUAAAAUUCUCUGUUGAUCCAAACAAGAUUUCUGGAAGAAUAUUUCCAUGUUUGCAAGCAACUUGUAGGGGCAUUUGCUCGGAAAUUUCUCGUUAACCUAGGCUUAAGCUAACCAGCUUUUGAACAACCGGACCCCGGUUCAAAGCUAGAUUAGCGCUAACCCUGGAUUAAAAUUUAACCCACUGUUUUGGGUUGUGUAUUUCUGCACGUCUGUUUAUUCCAAAACAGUAGAAAAGGAAACUUCUAAUAAUCUGGACAACUUUUCUGAAAAACGAGCUGUUGCUUUGGCGUUUUUUCGUCAAUUGCCAGCAAAAUACUGUAUUUCUGGGUUGUCAAUUCGUAAACGACACUUGGAUUAUUCAUCUACUCUGACCAAUAUUCAGUUUAAACCAAGUACAGUGCUGAAAAAAUCUUUCAAAUUUUAGUAGUCAGUUCUUCAAAUGUUACAUAACUUUAUGCAUAUGUUAUACUCAACAUCAAUCUUCAUUUUAGAAACGCCAACAGAGAAACCAAAGUCACCAAAGAAAGUAGUUCUCUUUGACACCGGGCCUCCUCAAUUUGAACCUGAAUUCAAGAAUGUCAUUCACGAUCUCUCAAUGGAAAUCACAGACGGAGGGGACAUUAUCCUAGAGGCGGAAGUCGCAGGGAACCCCAAACCGGAUGUCGAAUGGUACAAGAAUGAUACAUUGAUUACGUCAUCACCUCACUAUCUGCCCCAGUCUCGAGGAGAUGUUCAUUGGCUCACGAUUGUAGGAGCUAGUCCUUCUGAUGCAGGAGAAUAUAAAUGCGUGGCUUCAAACCCACUGGGUACCAGGAUCAGAACUUAUGCUGUCAACAUUGAACGUAAGUAAUGUACAUGAAUGUCGGGGGUAUCGGUUGAGCCGGUUACUGCAGACAGCAAGUUUUUCUUUAUACAAAUUUUCAUAUGACAAGUUUAAUUUGUUCGUCUGUAUAGACAACUUUGCCAGUUUUUACUAUGACAAAUACACUUGUUGAAAAUCUAGUAGUAGGCUAGCUUUUGUACAAGUGCACAUGUACUCUGGUUUCGUCUUGUGGUAACAGUAGAGCAAUAAGAUAUGGUCCUCACAAGAUAUCUAGAGAAAACAGUUUAGAACUGAUAGAACUAACGUGUGGGAACAGGGGCGCCGGAAAGUCGAUAAUUUGGGGGGGGGGGCAGAUAUUCAUAUAUUCAUGAUCACAGACUGUAAAAACAAUCGCUUUCAAAGGAAAUUAAUGAUGCAGAACAUGAAUAUAUGAAUAUAUAUAUUCCCCCUGUAUUCUGCCCCCCCCCCCCCAAUUAUCGACUUUCCGGCGCCCCUGUGUGUGAAUAAAUUUAGUACGUUUACUCUUUUAGUACAACCUCCAGAGGAAACAGUUUAGAACUGAUAAAGCUACCAGUAUAAAAUAAAGUUGGUUUGGUUAGAUUUUAUCUAUUAGUAAUACUGGGCCAUUAAGGACAGCUCAUACUGAACCUCUAGAAAGAACAGUUAAGAACUGAUGGGACUAUACAUUAUUAUAAAUAAAGUUAGUUUAGUUAAGUAACAACCAAACUAACACACAACUUAAUUCUUCAGUUUCAAUGGACGAAGAAGACGAAGACACUUUUGCCGAGGAGGGAGAAAUGUCUAACCAUGUCGACUACAAAACAGAACCAAUCACAUUUAAACAGAACAUCGACGUUGAAAGUGAACCAUUUCAAGAGCUACCAACUACACAACAAAAUGGCGAACCUCACUUCCGAGACAGUCCGUUUGAAACUCGCGGUAAACCACAAGCAAAGAAAGAGCAACCAGACUCCGAACCGAGAGCUUUAAUUCCCGAGGUGCAUAACGUUAUUUCUGUUGAUGGGGUAAGUAUACCCGUUGGAAAGACCCAGGAGAAUGUACUCCCGGCAGAAAGUACCUACCCACUCAAUACACCCGCAGAAGUAACUGUCCCUCUACAAGAACCCGAGUUAAAAUCAACUUCUGAUGGAUCCGAAGUACUGAUGAGAACCCCAGUUGAUAGUGGAAGAGAACCACUUGUCCCGCAUGAAGACCCGCGUGUCUCGGGCGAUACGGGAACACCACGUGAUCGAGCUGAUGAACCUCGAGGGGCUCAACCGGAAGUUCAUUUUACCAUGCCAGUAUCCCCAGAAGAAAGACCCGAGGGACAAGCCCCGCCAAGUACACAGACCGAUGCCCCACCUCGCAAAAAGACCCCGACAACCCCGGUCCAAGAAAUACGUUUUAAUAUUCCAUUCAGUGGAGUUGAUGAACCGUAUGUUAUAUUGGAUACGCAGGAAAGAUCUCCCGAGGCGAUAUACGGACACGAUGCGCAGCCUGAAGUAAAGUCAACACCUGAAAUGCAGGCGAGAACCCCUGAUCAUGUACAACAGGGUAAGUGAAAUGUAGUCACAACGAAUAAGUCAUCAGUACUUGUAUGAAAAUAUGCAUGUCAGUAUUCAGCCCAUGCAAGGAACAUCAUAACACAUCAUGCGGCGAAAUUGUAUGAUAAAUGUUUAAGUAUUAUUUAAAACACGCGUAGGAAUGUUUUAUAAUACUAUAAUUAGGAUGAACCAUUAUAUAAAGAAUACUAAUGAAGAUGAGUUUUAUCAGAUAUAUUGACAUAUUAUGGCUGACAUGAUUUGCCACAAGGUUUAUGAAUUAUUAAUGAGUUUUUUAAGUGCUAUUUAAAACAUACACGGCAAGUUUUAUAACUGUAAACAUUUCACCACCAACUGCCACCCCGUCCCGCUUACUGAACCAGUGAGCUAUAUAUACAUUUCUGGAGCAAGAACGUCAGUCAUUCGGUCUAUGAGAAAGUGAAGGCAAGAUAGCGGAAAUUGACAUCCAAUACUUAUGAAGGUCGUAAGCAAUUUUAAUACCACUUUCCCCCAGCUAAUUCCAGAUAUUUCUAACACACCGUAUCGCUACACAAGUUGUCAGUUCAUAAAACCACAGUGUAAUUCUACAAAACGAAGUCAAAACACGAAAUUUUGGUACACUCCUGGCAGCUUCGAUUCUGACCGCGCAGACAAAACCAAUAGACAGAGCCUGGAGCUGAAGCCCAAUAACUCGAUCUUUUGGCUUCACUUUUUUUUACUCCAGUUCUAACUGCAGAUAUAUAUGGAGUUCAGUGACUGAAACUCACCAAUGGCAAAAUGUUGUUCAGAUCUAAAUAAACAUGUGCAUAACUAACUGGUAUUAUUUUACUUCUAUUUUAGAACCAAUUAUAGAACCACGUCAACAUGGAAACAAUGUGCAAACCUCUCCUGACAAAAUCCCAUCAUUCAUACCACUACAAGCAGAUGAUAAACCAGCUAGUCGUGUUGCCCAGCCAUUUGAUGAAAUAUCAUUCACCAUUGAACACCCUGACAAACCAAAACCUCGAGCCGUUUCUGAAGAUACACCAUCAUCACUUGUUAAUGGAAAGCUUGAGCAUGAAACAGAUGAACAACAAGCUUCAAAGAAAACUCCAUUAUCGGAAUUCAAUGUGACAAUUCCUUUGACAGAGAGUGAAAGUCCUAUAAAAGUUGUCCAGAAACCUUUAGAGUCUGUUAGGUAAAGGUUGUACAGUAGAUCAUGUCGAUUUAAAUGUUACGUUUAUGUAUACUGUAUAGGUCUAUCAGUUCUAAAGCAAAUUCGCAAACAAAUUGGAUCUAAAUUGACUGUAUUUUACAAAGAUGGUUAUCGUUUCACAAAAAUAACGACUUUAUUACGCAUAUUUUACCUGAAAAUGUCGAAAUUUAAACUGAUUUUUAUCUGAGUUUCGCAGUUGGGGGAGGGGAUGGCUGCACUUGGAAACUCUACGUAUAGUCUACUUUUUCCACUAUUUAUUCAUCUUACAUUUCAGUGAACAUGAUGAAAAGUCUGGUGAAAAAGCGCCAGAAUUCCUAGAAUCUCUCCCUGAAGAAUUGGAAAUAGACGAGGGCUCUGAAGUAAAGAUGAGCGUACGAGUGAGUGGGAAACCUACACCGAAAGUAAAGUGGAUGAUUGGAUCAAAACCUCUGAGGAAAAGCAGUCGUGUGGAGAUGCGAGAGAAUGGUGGAUUACAAGAGCUUAUCAUCAGAAAUGUCACGUUGGAUGACGAGGGAGUUUAUAGCUGUGUCGCAGUGAACAAAUUUGGGGAAGCUUUCUGUGAUUGUGAACUCGUGGUGGAAAGUAAGUGUUGGGUAUGGCGUAGAGGGGGGGGGGCAGAUAAGUGGAGUGGGGGUUAUGGGAUGGAGAAGCUUUUGUCUGAUUGUGAGGUCAUGAUUCAAGGUAUUUGUGGGUAAAGGGAUGAGGGUGAGAGAGUGUGAGUGAGUGUGAGUGAGGGUGUGUAUAGGUGUGGUGAAUAAGUGGUUGAAGGUAUGUGGGGGAGGUAAGGGGUAAGAUGAGAGGCAGUGAGCGAGGGAUUGUAUAACUGUGGUGUCUGUACAAGUUAUGAGAAGAUUUCUAUGGGGUCUUAAGGCGAGUGGGUAUUAAUCGUAAGUGGGGAGCUUUGAGUGUGGAAGUAUACAGUUGUGUUGCUGUGAACAGGUUUUGGAAAGCUUCUGAGAUUGUGUACUCAUGGUUGAAGUAGAUUUUUUGGUUGGUUUACGGAGAAUCAAGGAAUGUGGGUUCAAAACUGCAGCAAACUCCGAACCCCCAAAUUUAACGAUUUUCUAAUACUUGUCCUUAAUGUUAUUUUAGUACCAUCAGACGAUGAAGAUGGAAUGUCUUCAGGUGAUUAUGAUUGUUGCGUAUAUAUUCAACACAUACAAUUUAAAUAAUUUGUUCCAUUCUAGCUUACUCUAUCAGAACAGUGGUAACUAGGCAUGUAAGUUAUCAGCAAAAAUAUAAAUUGGGUAGUAAGAUGCAUAAGUUAGCUGAAUAGAUGUAUUUUAUGGGGUUUGCGGUAAUUUUUUUUAUAUAUUGUAUGUAAUGUGUUUAUGAAAAUAAAAAUUCGUAUUCAUUUAGGUCCUUUGAUAAGCCAGUGUCCACCAGGUUUUAUCCGAGGUCUUGAAGACACUGAAGUGCUUCUUGGCAAGAGCAUUACCCUAGAAUGUCAAUUCUUUGGAAUACCAGAAGUCGACCUACAGUGGUACAAGGAUGGCGGUCCCCUUGAUGAUAAUGAUGAUCGAUUGGUGUUCGAUAUUAUCGAUGAUGUAGCCACACUGACGAUCACCAAUGCAACGCCAGAUGACCAGGCUUGGUAUCGCUGUAAUGCGUACAAUAAUUUGGGCUCAGCGUCUACUGAUUGUGAAUUGCUGGUUGUCGAGAUUCCCAAGUUUGUCAAGUCGCUUGAGGAUACCAUUAUCAGCGAGGGUAAGUCGGUGAGGUUAUGAUUGUUUGGUUGUUAGUGAUACAGUAGUACAGGCGUGUUUUAUCCUCUAAAUCGCAGGUUGCAUUCUUGCAAUAUGCCGUUGUCUUUUCAAAGUUGUGCUUCGUUAGAAUUGUAAAACCGUGGAACUAUGUAUGUAAAUCUGCUCCUUCCAACUGCUACGACACUUUCUCCACCUUUAAAUCAUACCUACACAGGACUUUCCUCCACCUGACUGCUACUGCCUACACUCCCGACUUACCUAGCUCACACUCAUUCAUCACGACAACAUCUUCCAUUGUCACUCAUUCCACCACUUCUCUGUGUUUCUAGUGCGACACUCCAAUCAUACCUACACAAGACUUACCUCCACCUGACUGCUACUGCUUACACUCCUGACUCACCUAGCUCACACUCAUUGACCACGACUAACUAAUAUCUUCCAGGUCAUUCAUUCUACCACUCCUCUCUUCCAUGCUUCUAGUUUUCCAUUCACCUUCCAUUUUUCUUAUUCUUCUACAUACUAUAACAUCUAGUGAUGAGCACCAUGCAUGGGACCUAGUCUCAUUUGUAAUUCGCCACUUUUGGCACCUUCUAAAUUUGGUAUUCUUCAAAUUCUUGUCAAAUGUAAUUGUCUCUGUAUGUUAUGUGGAAUAUUGUCAAGUUAUCUACUAAGUCUGAUUAUAUUUUUGCCUCCGUUAAACAUGAGAACGGUUUUACAGUUUCAAUCAACCCAAACCAGAUUUUCUUUGGGUACUUCGUUUUCCUCAUACAAUAGCAUUAUAUCAAGAAAAAAUACUCUAACCAAACCAUUAGCAAGAACGAUUUAAAACUGAUAGAGCUGUCCAUGACCAGCAGAAAGAAACAAUGUUAGUAUCCUUUCUGACGAGUUCUACAUAUGCAUUUCAGGAGAGGACAUCCAGUUUACAGUGCAAAUCGAAGGAGAACCGGAAGUGAGCUGGUACAAAGAUGACACCGUAUUGGCCGAUGAAGGUCGUUACGUAAUUGUAGACCAACACGACGAACAGAUCUUUACUUUGGCCAUUGAAGAUAUCUUACCCGAAGAUGAAGGCGAAUACCGAUGUAUAGCCGUGAACGAAGCGGGCAAAACCGAAACUGUAGCGAAGUUGUCCGUCACCGACAAGAAUUAUUCACCUGAGUUCACAAACGAAGGUCAGGACGAGCCGUACAUUGUCAAAAAGGGUGAAGAUUUAAAACUCUCUGUGGCGUUGAAAGGAAACCCGUUCCCAGAUGUGCAGUGGUAUAAAGAUGAUAAGCCAUUACCUAAUAACGUCCAUUAUGAAAUAUCCGAGCAAGAACAUGAACGGUCGUUGUGCAUUCGUGAAGUGACUUUGGAUGACCGUGGGAUCUAUAAAUGUGAAGUGACAUCAAAGUUGGGCAAGGUUACCCGGAAAUUCCAAGUUAACAUUGAAGGUAAAAGUUUAGUGGUUUGCUGGGUAAUGUAUGCGUCUUUCAGCUAUGUGAGUGGGGUUGCCUUAAGAAGAGUGCUUUCAGUUUACCUCACCAAACACCACAGUUUUUUUCUGGGGCAUUGGUUUUCUUCUGUAGUAACAGUAGACCAACAAGGCGUGUCCCUUACUGGGCCUCCCGCGAGAACUGUUAAGAACUGGUAGAGCUACCCAUCGUAAAUUAAGAUAGUUCAGUUUCUUCCUGUUAUAAUACUGGAUCAAUAACAGAGAUGAUCCUUAGUAUACCUCUAGGGAAAACAGUUAACGACUUAUAAAGCUCUCCACUAGAAAUCAAGUUAGCAGAACUUCGGUUUUUUCUGUAACAAUACUGUAGCAAUAAAGGAUGACCCUUACUGGACCUCUGGGAAGAACAUUUAUAACAUUGGUGGAGCCAUCCAGUAUAAAUAAAGUUAGUUUAGUUGUAGUUUAGUUUGUUUGAAACACAUUUAACUUUCAUUUCAUUCAUUUUAAGGAUUCAAACCGCAAGGUUCAGCCCCGACAUUCACCGACACUCUUCAACCUGCUGAGGUAAAAGAAGGCACUGGCGUCACGUUCACGUGUCGUGCCACAGGGGAACCAAGACCUGACAUUGAAUGGUACAAAGAUGAUACACUGCUUGACCAAGACGAUCGUGUGGAAAUUGACCAAAAAGAUGGCGUGUCGACCUUAACCGUUAAAAACGUUACCACAAUUGAUGAGGCUGUUUACAAAGCUCUUGCACGUAAUCCACUUGGAAUUGCAACCACCGAAGCUGAACUUCUUGUAACAGAAUCGGCCAUAAAACCAGAACUACUGGAACCUUUGAAAGACAUUGAUAUAAAAUCUGCUCAAGAUUGCUGCUUCUCCGUAUGGGUUAAAGGCAACGUGCAAGUUGAUUGGUAUAAAGAUGAUGAGAUACUUUUGGAUGCAGGCCGUGUGGUUAUUGUAGACGAACAAGACGGAGAGACCUUCACUUUGGGUGUCGAGGACGCGAGGGUCGAGGAUGCAGGCGUGUAUAAAUGUGUGGCACAUAAUGAGGCAGGAGAAUUGAGUAGCAGCGCAGUGUUGAAGGUCUCUCCCAGCAAACGACGAGGCAGAAAGGGUAGCAAGGAAAGUCAGAAAUCGCCUGGGCCUGAAACUGUUGGGAAAACAAUGGAGUUAAUUCUUCAAGGUACGUCUGGGUUAAUGUUUUCUAUGCAAAAAGCGUUGAUUAUAAUGAUUUGAAAACUUCUCAAUGGAUGAUUUCAGCUUUAGACUAAUUUUAAAACUAGGCAAGGAGAUGCAAAUAAAUCACUACAGCUAGAAAGAGCAUACUAAAAUUAGUAACAUUGCAAAGUUUGGUUGCGAAAUGUUGUAAAAUGUGGAAAAUAUGGCCUUACAAAGUUUUCAAAUUUUGUAUACUUUUGUAUUGCGUGCGGAAAUUGCUACCAUUUUCGGCCCAAAUGUGGGCCGAAAUUUUACUAACUUUAGUAUGUUCUUUCCGGGAAUAUACUUUUUUUGCCAAGAUAAAAAAUUACUCUGCAAUCGGAAUUGUCUAUUAACUCAACUUUAAUCCCAAUUACUAUUUUUAUCAGACGCACCAUCCGAACCAGGCUGCCCGAAAUUUUUGCGCGACUUUCAAGAUUGUGAAGUGGUGGCGGGUUCAGAGAUAAAACUGACCUGCAAGUUCGCAGGCUCACCCCAACCGGAAGUAGAGUGGUUUAAAGAUGGCGGACCUCUGGAGGAAAGUGAUCGAGUCACGUGCACAGUAAACGAUGACGUCACAAUUCUCGUGAUCAAGAAGGUCGAGGCAGAUGACGAGGCUUGGUAUCGAUGUCGUAUUUCUAACGAAAUAGGAGCGACUGCUGUUGAAGCUGAGAUGAUUGUUGUUGAAGCACCAAAAUUUGUUGAGCCAUUGGAGAAUUUGGAAAUAGAAGAAGG